GGUAUCUCGCCCAAUGUAUGGUGUUGAGCUCUUCGAUGGCGAGACCGCUCGUUUUGAAGUGGAAAUCUCUGAAGAUGAUGUCCAUGGCCAGUGGAAACUGAAGGGAGAAACCCUUUCACCUUCCCCAGAUAUUGAAAUCAUUGAGGAUGGUGCCAAGCACACUUUGACAUUAUACAACUGCAAGGUCUCCCAGACAGGAGAGGUUGGAUUCACAGCUGCCAAUGCUAAGUGUACAGCCAACCUGAAAGUGAAAGAACUGCCACUGACCUUUAUCACACCUUUGAGUGAUGUGCAAGUGUAUGAGAAAGAUGAGGGAAGAUUUGAGGUUGAGAUUUCAAGACCAACCAAGACCUUCCGUUGGCUCAAGGGAUCUCAGGAGUUGGAAAAUGAUGACAAGUUUGAGAUUAUCCAUGAAGGAAAGAUACACACUCUGGUGGUCAAAUCUGCCGCAUAUGAGGAUGAAGCUAAAUACAUAUUUGAGGCUGAGGACAAGAGGACCACAGGAAAACUAGUUAUCCAAGGUAUACGCCUUGAGUUUGUCAAGCCCAUCAAGGAUGUCACAGUCAAGGAGCGUGAAACAGCAGAGUUCAGUAUUGAACUGUCACAUGACAAAAUCUCUGUCGUCUGGUACAAGAACGACAUCCGUCUGCACCCCAGCAAGGUUGUGCACAUGUCAGACAAUGGCAAGAUGCACACCUUGACUUUCAAGCAGGUGUCCAUUGAUGACACAUCCAUGAUCAAAGUGGAAGCCUUGGGCAAGAGCUCUGAGGCCAUGCUCACUGUUCUUGAGGGAGAACCUUACUUUGUGACAAAACUGCAAGACUACACUGCCGUUGAGAAGGACGAAGUGAUGCUGGUUUGUGAACUUAGCAAGACCUCUGCUGAGGUGAAAUGGUUCAAGGACGGCCAGGAGAUCAUGCCUAGCAAGAAUCUGAUCAUUAAGACCGAUGGAAAGAGGCGUUUGCUGACAGUGAAGAAAGCAGAGAAGGGCAACAUUGGAGAGUACACUUGCGAUUGUGGUUCUGACAAAACCACAGCCAGGCUGGACAUUGAGGAGCGUGACAUUAAGGUUGUUCGUCCACUGUACAGCGUGGAAGUGACAGAAACUGAAAUUGCCAAGUUUGAGACCGAGAUCUCUGCCGAUGAUGUCCAUGGUCACUGGAAACUCAAAGGAGAGGCCCUUCAUCAGUCUCCUGACUGUGAGAUUAAGGAGGAGGGUACAAAGCAUGUCCUUAUCCUAUACAAUGUUCGCAUGGAUCAGGCCGGAGGUGUCGACUUCCAGGCUGCCAAUGCUAAAUCCAAUGCUCAGCUUAGAGUUAAAGCGCGGAGUAUAGGGCUUAUGCGGCCUCUCAAGGAUGUUACUGUUACUGCCGGGGAGACCGCCACUUUCGACUGUGAACUUACUUAUGAAGGAAUCGUUGUAGAAUGGUUCUUGGGAAGCACCAAGAUGGAGCUAGGUGAAAGGGUGGUCACCAGAGCAGAAGGCAGAGGACACAGCCUAACUAUCAGAAAUGUCAAGCUGACAGAAGCUGGGGAAGUCGGGCUCACUGCAAAGGACUUCAAGACCCAGGCCAAACUCAUUGUCAGGGAGCCACCAGUUGAGUUUACCAAACCUCUGGAGGACCAGACAGUUGAGGAAGAGGCCACUGCUACAUUGGAGUGUGAAGUCUCCAGGGAAAACGCUGAGGUCAGGUGGUUCAGAGACACACAGGAGAUCCGCAAAACUAAGAAAUAUGACCUUAUUGUUGAUGGCCGAAAGAGAAGACUCAUCAUUCAUGGCUGUACUCUAGAUGACUCAAAGACAUAUACAUGCGAUGCUAAAGAAUUCAAAACCUCUGCUUUCCUGAAUGUUGAACCUCCACAUGUUGAGUUCUCUAAGCCACUCCAUGAUGUUGAGGUCAAAGAAAAGGAAAAUGCCAGAUUUGAGUGUGAGGUGUCUCGUGAGAAUGCCAAGGUCAAAUGGUACAAGGACGGCAACGAGAUCAGAAAGGGAAAGAAAUACGAGAUCAUUGCCAAUGGUGUCAAGCGUAUCCUUGUGGUCACCAAGACAGUCUUCGAUGAUGAAGCAGAGUACGAAUGUGACGCUAAGACCUCCAAGUCCUCUGGCAUGCUGACAGUUAUUGAGGAAGAGGCUAAGUUUACCAAGAACCUGUCUAAUGUGGAGGGAACAGAAACAGACAGUGUGAAGAUGAUUUGUGAAGUGUCGAAGGCCAGCGCUGAGGUCACCUGGUGGAAGGGAGACCAGGAACUACCAGAAGGAGGAAGAUAUGAACAGGUCACGGAUGGAAGGAAGAGAAUCUUCAUUAUUCAAGAUCUCAAGAUGGAGGAUGCUGGAGAGUAUAACUGCAGACUGCAUAACGCCAAGACAUCUGCAACAUUAACACUGAAUGAACUGGCUGCGGAGUUCAUUGCCAGGCCUCAGAGUCUUGAGGUGGUUGAGGGAGAAAAGGCUGAAUUUGUCUGCUCAGUCUCUAAAGACACCUAUGAAGUCAAAUGGCUCAAGGGUGACAAGGAGAUUGUUUCCGGAGAUAAGUAUGACGUUGUCUGUGAUGGCAAGAGAAGAGCACUGAUAGUGAAGAAUUGUACACCAAAUGAUGAAGGAGGCUAUGUCGCCUUCAUUGGGACUACCAAAGCCUCAGCUGACUUGUUUGUCAUUGAGAAACUCAGAAUCAUCACACCCAUCAAGGAUACGCAAGUGAAGGAAGGACAGGAGAUCAUCUUCAACUGUGAGGUGAACACUGAGGGAGCUAAAGCUAAGUGGCUGAAGAAUGAGGAGACCAUGUUUGAGAGCAGCAAGUUUAUCAUGAUCCAGAAAGACAACGUGUUCUCUCUGAGGAUCAAGGGUGCUCAGAAGGCAGAUGAAGCAACUUAUACUAUUACAUUGACAAAUCAUCGUGGUGAACAUGCCAAGAGCGAUGCCAAUGCCAAAGUACAAGAGGAGAAGCUCAAGAUUAUUGAGCCUCUUGAGGACUGUGAGACACAAGAGAAGAAGACCAUCAGCUUCACCUGCAAGGUGAACAGACCUGAUAUCACCAUCAAAUGGAUGAAGGCUGGCCAGGAGAUCACCAUGAGCAAACGCAUCCUGUACCGUGUGGAGAAAGAUAAGCACACACUGACCAUCAAGGACUGUGUCAUGGACGAUGAGGGUGAAUACACCGCCAUGGCUGGUGAUGACAAGUGCACUGCUGAGCUGAUCCUCAACGAAGCUCCCACUGACUUCUCCACACCACUCAAAGACCAGACCAUCACUGAGUUUGAGGAUGCUGAGUUUUCUUGCAAGCUGUCUAAAGAGAAGGCUGUUGUUAAAUGGUACAGGAAUGGUCGUGAGAUCAGAGAGGGACCCAGAUACUCAUUUGAAAAAGAUGGCAGGAUUUGCAAACUCAAGAUCAAGAAGUGCAGACCAGACGAUGAGUGUGAAUAUGCCUGCGGUGUGGAAGACAGGCGAUCCAGGGCCCGCCUCUUUGUUGAAGAGACCCCAGUUGAGAUCGUCAGACCACCUCAGGAUGUGUUUGAGCCCCCAGGCUCAGAUAUUGUGUUUGAGGUGGAGCUCAACAAAGACAGAGUUGAGGUCAAAUGGAUGAGGAACAACAUGAUCAUCGUCCAGGGUGACAAAUACCAGAUGAUGAGCGAGGGCAAGGUCCACAGACUCCAGGUGUGUGAGGUCAGGCCUCGUGACCAGGGAGAGUACAGAGUCGUUGCCAAGGAGAAGGAUGCCAGAGCCAAGCUGGAACUGGCAGCUGUGCCAAAGAUCAAGACUACUGAUCAGAACCUGGUCACAGACGCUGGAAAGCCUUUUGUCAUGGCGAUCCCCUACGAUGCCUAUCCUCGUGCAGAGGCUGAGUGGUUCUUCAACAUCGUUAGCCUGCCUGUGCAGAACAUUGACACCUCCGCAGACAAGACAGAAUACAGGCUGAAGAGCCCCAAGAAGACAGAUCAGGGCAGGUACAAGAUCGUCAUCAAGAACAAACACGGACAGGGAGAGGCAUUCAUCAAUCUGGAUGUUAUUGAUGUCCCUGGACCUGUGAAGAACCUCAAAGUGGUUGACACCGCCGAUGGUGAGGUCAGCCUGGCCUGGGAAGAGCCAGAGAGUGAUGGUGGCAGCAAGAUCAUUGCAUAUGUGGUGGAGAGGCGUGAUAUCAAGCGCAAGACAUGGACCCUUGCCACUGACCGUGCUGACGCUCCAGAAUACUCUGUUAGCGGUCUCCAGAGGGACAACAAGUACCUCUUCAGAGUAUGUGCUCGCAACAGAGUGGGCAGUGGACCCACUGUGGAGACAGACGAAGCUGUCCAGGCCAAGAAUAAGUUUGAUGUGCCAGAGGCACCUGAGGACGUUGUGGUUGGCAUCGUGAACAGGUUCGGAGCCACAGUCUCCUGGGAAAAACCAAAGUCUGAUGGCGGAUCUGAGAUCACCUCCUACAUCAUUGAGUUCCGUGACAGGACCUCUGUGAGCUGGGAGGUGGCUAUGAUCGCCAAGGCUCUGGACCGCACAGCCACUCUUACUGAUGUCGUUGAGAACAAGGAAUACAUCUUCCGUGUCAAAGCCGAAAACAAGGCUGGCAUUGGCAAGCCAAGUGCUGCCACGGAUCCAGUUAAGAUCAUGGACCCCAUUGAGAAACCAAGCCCACCAUUGAACUUCAACUACACUGACCAGACAAAGAACUCUGUCCAGCUGACAUGGGAGACCCCCGCCAGCAAUGGAGGAAGCAUGAUCACUGGCUACAUUAUUCAGAAGUGUGAGGAUGGAACAGACAAGUGGCUCAGAUGCAAUGCCAGGCUCUGUCAGGACCUUAACUACAAGGUAUCUGGACUGAAGCAGGGGAUGAAGUACCACUACAGAGUGUGCGCAGAGAACGCAGCCGGAGUUUCAGAUCCAGCUGAUAAGCUUGGACCUCUCUUGGCAGACGAUUGUCAUGUUGGACCUUCCAUGGAUCUCAGUGGAUUUAAGGAUGGCCUGGAGGUCAUUGUUCCUCAUCCACUUGUCAUCCGCGUCCCUCUUCUUGGAUAUCCCACACCCACCGCCAAGUGGAGCUGUGGUGAUAAAGAGCUCACUGCUGGUGACCGUGUGUCCAUGGUUACAAGGAGCACCUACACAGAACUGACAGUGGCUCCAAGUGUGCGUCCAGACAAAGGCACAUACACUCUGCACCUGGAGAAUGAUGUGACCAGUGCCUUUGGAGAGAUUGAAGUCAAUGUUAUUGCAUCACCAAGUGCACCCAAAGACUUCAAGGUUUCCGAGGUGACAAGACACCAUGUGCACCUGAUGUGGGAGGCACCAGAGCAUGAUGGAGGAAGCCCAGUUAUUGGCUACCAAAUUGAAAAGAAGGAAGUGUCCCGCAAGACCUGGGUCAAGGUUUGCAUGGGUGUACAGGACCUGGAGUUCACUGUGGCAGAUGUCAUUGAAGGCAAAGAGUAUUUGUUCAGUGUUACUGCUAUCAACAAGUGUGGCCCAGGAGAGCCUGCCUACAUUGACGAGCCAGUCAAUGUGUCCUCCCCUGCCACUGUGCCGGAUCCACCUGAGAACCUGAAAUGGAGAGACAAGUCAGGAAAGGGCAUCUUCCUGUACUGGGAGCCACCCAAGUACGACGGCGGAGCUUCAAUCAAGAGCUACGUUGUAGACAAAUGCCAGCGUGGCACAGACAAGUGGGAGCCAUGUGGAGACCCACUGCCUGAGCUGAAAUUCCAGGUGACAGGUCUGAUUGAGGGACAGUGGUAUGCCUACCGUGUGAGGGCUGUCAACAGGCUGGGAGCAGGCAAACCCUGCAGGGCUACAGAUGAGAUCCUGGCUGUUGAUCCUAAAGAGCCUCCAGAGAUUCAACUGGACGUGAAGUUGCUGGCUGGUUUGACCGCCAGAGCCGGAACCAAGAUUGAGCUUCCAGCUGAUAUUGUCGGAAAGCCCGAACCCAAGGUAAAAUGGACCAAGGCUGACCUGGUCCUGAAGGGAGAUGAUCGCAUCACCAUCGAUACCAAGACAGGAAACUCCACUUUGUCUAUCGCCAAAACCGUCAGAGAAGACACAUCUACCUACAUCAUUGAGGCAGUCAACAGUAGUGGUCGUGCUACCGCAACUGUUGAUGUCAACAUUCUUGAUAAGCCUGGUCCUCCAGCUGCGUUUGAUAUCUCUGAGAUCACCAACCACUCCUGCUACCUGGCCUGGAACCCUCCCAGAGACGACGGAGGUUCUGUCGUCACCAACUACAUUGUGGAGCUCAGACCCUUCGACAAAGAGGAGUGGACCAAACUGUCAUCCACGGUGAAACAAACCACCUUCAAUGCCACAAAACUUACCCCUGAAAAGGAAUACGUCUUCAGAGUACAGGCUGAGAACCAGUACGGCAUCGGCGCCCCUAAUGAGCAUGUGCCAAUCAUCGCCAAAUACUCCUUUGAUCCUCCUGGUGCUCCAUCCAGAUUGCAGCCUUCUGAUAUUGCUAAGGACUCUCUGACUCUGACAUGGUACGAGCCUGAUGAGGAUGGUGGCAGUCCUAUCACUGGGUACUGGAUCGAGAGGUUCGACCCAGAAAAUGACAAAUGGAUCAGAUGCAACAAGCUGCCCAUCAAGGACAUCACCUUUAGGGUGAAGGGCUUGCCUACCAAGAAGAAGUACAAGUUCCGUGUCUUGGCCGAGAAUCUUGCAGGACCAGGAAAACCAAGCACUGAGACUGAUCCAGUCUUGGUCAAGGAUCCAAUUGAUCCUCCAUGGGCUCCUGGCAAACCCUUCAUCAGAGAAAUAGCUAAGACAUCUGCCUUCCUGCAAUGGACCAGGCCAGAGCACGACGGCGGUGCCAAGAUCGAGGGUUACAUCAUUGAGUUCCUGAAGACUGGCACCGAAGCAUGGAUCAGAGCAGCAGAGGACGUGCCCCAGACUGAGCACUUCCUGAAGGGUUUGAUGGAGAAACAGGAGUACUCAUUCAGAGUCAAGGCCGUCAACUGCGCAGGAGAGAGUGAGCCCAGUGACCCUAGCGAUCCUGUGGUCUGCAAGGAAAGACUCUAUCCUCCAUCACCUCCUCAAUGGCUUGAGGUGGCCAACAUCACAAAGAUCAACGCUGAGCUGAAGUGGCAAGCUCCUGACAACGACGGUGGCUCUCCAAUCACCAACUACGUUGUUGAGAAGAGGGACGUCAGGCGUAAGACCUGGACUGCGGUGGACACCACUGUGAAGGAGCUGAAGUACACUGUCACUCCACUGAAUGAGGGCUCUCUCUAUGUGUUCCGCGUGGCUGCUGAGAACGCAGUCGGACAGAGUGAUUAUUGUGAACUGGAAGACUCUGUUCUAGCUAAAGAUACUUUCACCACUCCUGGGCCACCUUAUGCCUUGACUAUUGUGGAGGUGUCCAAGAGACACGUUGAACUGAAAUGGGAAGCUCCAAAGAGUAAUGGUGGGAGACCCAUUACAAAGUACGUCAUUGAGAAGAAAGAGAAACUUGGAACCCGCUGGGUGAAGUCUGGAAAGACCCCUGACGCUCUGUGCACCUACAAAGUCACAGACGUGGAUGAGGGCACUGAGGUUCAGUUCCAGGUCCGUGCUGAGAAUGAGGCCGGUGUUGGACACCCUAGUGAACCAACAGAAGUAGUCACCAUUGAGGAUGCUACAAGUCCACCAUCUCCUCCUGUUGACUUGGUCAUAGUUGGUGCCAGUAGAGAGCAUAUCAACAUUACCUGGAAGGUACCAUUGAAGAAUGGAGGUAGCCCCAUCACAGGAUACCAUGUUGAGCUCCGAGAGGCUAAAGCUGAGAAGUGGAUGAGAAUCAACACUCGCCCAGUCAAGGAGCUCAAAUACAAAGCAGAGGAAAGCAUCAAGCCAGAGAAACAAUAUGUCCUGAGAGUCCGUGCCAUCAACUCUGUUGGUGUCAGCGAUCCUUCUGCCAUUUCUGAGAAGGUCUUUGCCAAGGAUCCAGACUGUAUUCCUACUAUGGACAUGGAGGCCCUAGACAUUGUGGUGGUUGAGGGUGACAAGCUGCAUAUCAACAUCCCAUACAAUGCCAUCCCCAAACCAGAGAUGGUCUGGAGCAAAAUCAUCCACACAGAUACUGCCAUUGGCACAAAGUUACAGAAUGAUGACAGACUGUCGAUGACUUGUGAGCUCAACAGUGUCCACCUGGAAGUGAUGAAGUGUGUGCAUGAUGAUGCUGGAGAAUACUCCGUCACUCUGGAGAAUGCGAUCGGAACAGCCACCAGAAUCAUCAACGUUAAAGUUAUUGGUCUGCCCGGCCAAUGCAAGGACAUCAAUGCAGAUGAGAUCACUAAGAACUCCUGCAAGCUGACAUGGGAGGCUCCAGAGAGUGAUGGUGGUACUCCAAUUCUCCACUACGUUCUGGAGCGUAGAGGGGCUUCUAAUAAGACUUUCAGGCCUCUGAUGUCAGGAGAAAACAUCCUGACCUACCAGGUCAACGAUCUCAAGCUGAACGAAGAAUAUCACUUCCGGGUCAAGGCUGUCAACAAUGUCGGCUCUGGGCCAUUCCUGGAGCUCCGCAACCCUGUCAUCACUAUGGAAGUGAAACAGAAACCAGAUCCACCCAUUGAUGUUGAGGCUCAUGAUCCAACCGCCAACUCUAUCACACUGACCUGGAAACCACCAGUGUCUGACGGUGGUUGCGCCAUCACUGGCUACAUCCUGGAAUGCAUUGAGAAGGACGGUGAUAGAUUCCAGAGAAUCAACCCAUCCCUGGUGCCUGGUUUCACCUAUGUGGUGAAGGAUAUGAAGGAAGGCAAAGAGUAUCAGUUCCGUGUUCGCGCUGAGAACGCUGCUGGAGUCAGCGAGCCGUCUCGCAGCACUCCAAUGACCAUGAUCGCUGCUCCCGUUGAAAAACCCAAGGUGUCCCUCCAUGCUCGCCUGCAGCAUGGCCUGUGCAUCAGGAAGGGUGAGGAGAUCCGCCUGGACGCCUACAUCUCUGGCGCUCCAUACCCAACUGUCACCUGGCUCAGGAACAACGAAGACGUCAAGAAUGUACCAGAGAAGAAGCCAGUACCGCCUAUUCUGAAGAAGAAGAAGGGGGGCAAGGUUGAACCUGAAGAACCUGAGGUGUUCGUAACCCCUCUUCAUGAGCGUCUUUCUUAUGCUGUAAAGAAGGGCGAGACCUCAAUCUUGGUGCGAGACUCCAUCAGAGCUGACCACGGUCACUUCUGCAUCCAGGCCGAGAACUCUCAUGGUGUUGCAACUGCAUACUGUGACGUCAACGUCCUUGAUAAGCCUGGACCUCCAGUGAACUUUGUCUUUGAGGAGAUCAGGGACACCUCUGUCAUCUGCAAGUUCGACCCUCCUCUUGACGAUGGUGGUAGUGAGAUCCUGAACUACAUCCUUGAAAAGAAAGACAACAAGAAUGAAGAUAUCGGAUGGAUCACGGUAACUUCAACCCUCAAGGUUUGCAACUAUCCUGUUACCAAACUGAUUGAAGGAAAGGAGUACAUCUUCCGUAUUACCGCUGAGAACAAGUUUGGCUGCGGACCUUCAUGUCUCUCUGAGCCAGUCGUUGCCAAGAACCAAUUCGAUCCACCCGAUGCUCCAAACACACCCAGAAUUGGAGAGGUGACUGCCAACAGUGUGUUCAUCUCCUGGCAUGAGCCCAAGGACAACGGUAGUCCCAUCCUGGGCUACUGGAUUGAGAGGAAGGAAAUGAACAGCAAACACUGGACUAGGGUGAACCGCUUCCUGCUCAAUUCCCUCUCUGUGAAGAUUGAGGGUCUUAUGGAAGGCCUGGUAUACAUAUUCAGAGUCUGUGCUGAGAAUCUGGCUGGCCCCGGACCCUUCAGUGUCCCAACUGAUCCCCAGAUUGCUAUGGAUCCAAUCUUGCCACCUGGCCCACCCACUCCAAGAGUUAUUGAUACCUCUGCGACAACAGUUGAUAUUGCCUGGGUUCCCCCCCUGUACAAUGGAGGAGGAGAUAUACUUGGCUACCAUGUUGAGAGUGUUCUGGCUGGAGAGAAGGAAUGGAAACGUAGUACAGAGUUCAGAUGCAAGGAGCUGAAGUAUACAGUGACUGGGCUGACGGAGGGCGCUGACUAUUACAUCCGGGUUAUUGCUGUCAAUGACGCCGGACCGGGAGCACCUGGCAUGACUGAACCAGUCACUGUGAAGGAGCCUCAAGAGCCCCCAGUGGUUGACUUUGAUGCCUCUGUGAAGAACGGAGUCAUCAUCAAAGCCGGCGAGGCUCUGAGACUGCCAGCGUUCGCCAUCGGCAGACCACAACCAGAAGUGAAAUGGAUGAAGGAUGAGGCUGAAACUGACAAAGAGCAUGUUGUGAUCGAAACAGAAGGAAAGAACAGCCUUCUGUUCAUCAAGUACGCCAAGAGAACUGAUCACGGAAAGUACCAGAUCUCUGGAACCAACAGCAGUGGAACCAAGUCUGCUGUCACUAGAGUUGACGUCAUGGAUGUCCCUGGGCCUGUGGUUAAUCUGAAGACUACUCAUGUCACCAAGAAGAACAUCAGCUUGAGCUGGGCAGAUCCUCUAGAUAACGGUGGCAGCGAUGUCAUCGGCUACGUAGUGGAGAAAAAGGAUGCAAAAAUGAAGCUAUUCAGACAACCUAUCGAGACUGCUUCAUGCAAGUGUGACAUUCAGGGUUUGCUUUCAGAGGAAGAGUACGAUUUCCGUGUUUUUGCAAGGAACAAGUACGGUGAUGGCGCCCCAACGGACAUUGGGCCUAUUCUGGCUUCGGAUCCCAAAGCUGUUCCAUCUCCACCAUUGAAACUGCACUACACCGAGAGGUGGACGACUGCUAUUGCUCUUGCUUGGGAGCCACCUCGCAGCGAUGGAGGUAGCCCAAUCACGGGUUACUAUGUUGAGAAGAUGAGAGCAGAUGGAACUGAGUUUGACGUGGCCAAUCGCAAGCUCUGCAAAGACUUACACAUCAAAUUGGAGAACCUAUCAGAGAACCACGUGUAUCAGUUCCGUGUGUUUGCCGUGACUGAGGUGGGAGAGGGCGAACGCUCCAAACCAAUCAGUGCUAACAUACAGGAUGAUGAAAUUCCCCCCGAAAUCUCAAUCUUGGAGCAUUUCAAGAGAGAUACAAUCAUUGUGAGGAAGGGAGCGGCUAUUGAGAUCCCUGCUGAGGUGGUGGGUCUGCCAAUGCCAGAGGUUCAGUGGUCUAAGGAUGACGUCGUCAUCCCCAUGGCUACUGAGACACUGCUGAUGGAGUUCGAGGAGGUGGCCCGCACCAAGUGCACCACCAAGAUCAGCAUCCCUGAGACUAUCAGAGGAGACAAGGGAGACUACAAACUGGCUGCCACCAACUGCCAUGGCAAAGCACACCGCAUCAUCCAUGUGGAGGUUCUAGACCGCCCUCUGCCCCCACGUGACAUUGUGGUGUCUGACAUCCAGGCUGAGUCUUGCUAUCUGACUUGGGCGGUCCCAGAGGACGACGGGGGUAGUGAGAUCACCAACUACAUCAUCGAAAGGAGGGACGCCAGCAGGAAGAAGUCUGACUUUGAGCAGCUCACCUGCAAUAUCAUUGAUAGGAGAUAUGGGGUGUACAAAAUGGACAGGAUGGGCCAGUACCAAUUCAAAAUCAAAGCUGAGAACAAGUUCGGAAUCAGUGACGGUUGUGAAUCCGAGAAGGUCGUUCUCAAGGAUCCAUUCGGUCUUCCUGGUCCACCUCGCAAACCAAAGGUCAUCGCAGCAACUUCCACUACCAUGACGAUCACCUGGGAGCCUCCACUGCAGAACGGUGGCUCCUCCAUUCAGGGAUACUGGCUGGAGAAAAGAGAGAGAGGAGCUGGGAUCUGGGGUCGUGUGAACAGAGCUCCAGUCACCAAGCCUGCAGUGAAGGGUUUGGAAUACACAGUCCUCCGUCUUAAUGAAGGGGCUGAGUACCAGUUCAGAGUGAGGGCUCAGAAUGCUGCUGGAAUCGGACCUCCCAGUGAAGCAUCUCCAUGUCAAUUCGCUGUUGAUCCACGCAAUCCCCCAAGUGCACCAGGAAUGCCAGUUGUUAAGGACAAGACCAAGACCAGCGUCACUCUCACCUGGACCCCACCAGAGAAAGAUGGCGGCAGCCCAGUCAAGGGCUACAUCGUUGAGGUUCAGGACACAGACUCCCUGGAUUGGAAGAGAGUCAGUGACCCUGAGAAGCUGCACCCUUCCACUGAGAUCACUGUUCCAGACCUGAAAGAAGGCCAGAAGAUCAGAUUCAGAGUCACCGCUGUCAACGCUGCUGGCAAAUCUGAACCAAGCGCACGUUCUGCUGACAUCACUGUCCAGGACAUCUUAACUGAACCAAACAUUACUCUGGAGGUCAGCGCCCAUGAGCUGUUGUCCUGCAGAGCUGGAACUACCAUUAAAAUCCCAGCUCUCAUCACCGGCCGUCCCACUCCUAAAGUUACAUGGGAGUUCAAGGAUGGAACAGCAGAGACCGAGAAGAAGAAUGAGAUCCAUAUCCUUCCAAUCGAUUCAAAGAUCGUGUCAACUGAUACAACAUCAGUUGUCACCAUCCCUGAGAGCCACCUCAAACAUGCCGGACGUUACAUCAUCACAGCGGAAAACGCAGCUGGACACAAGAACAUGAAAGUCAGAGUCAAUGUCCUUGAUCUGCCUGGCCCACCCAAAGACCUCAAAGUCACAGACAUCACAAGAGGUACAUGUAGACUUACAUGGAAGGCUCCAGAUAGUGACGGUGGUGAGAGGAUCAAGAGUUACUUCAUUGAGAAGAAGACUGUGGAAGGAAAAGCUUGGACCAAGUGCAACCCAGCCUGUGCUGCCCAGUCCUUUAUUGUGCCCGACCUCAUUGAGGGACAGGAUUACCUGUUCCGUAUCCGGGCGGAGAACCGCUUUGGAUUUGGACCACUAGUUGAGACCAUUGAACAUUCAAAGGCUAGAGAUCCUAUCCAUCCUCCUGAUGCUCCCACAAGGGUAAAGAUUCAAGAAGUGACUAAGGGCACAGCCACUCUGACUUGGAAGCCACCCAGGAAUGACGGUGGAGCUCCAGUGACACACUACACUGUUGAACGUCUGUGCUGGGACAGUAGUGGAUCUCAGAAGCAGUCCUGGAGACAGUGCAACAGACGUGAUAUUGAUGACCUCACCUUCAAGAUUGAGGACCUGACUGAAGGAGAAGAGUAUGAGUUCCGUGUCAAGGCCGUGAACGAAGCCGGCCCCAGCAGACCAUCAUCUACCGUUGGACCAGUCGUCAUCCAAGACCAGACACGUGCUCCUGCUAUUGAACUGGAGGAGUUCAUGGAGGUUGAACAAGGAGCUGAUAUCAGCAUCAAGGCAAAGAUCAGGGGCUGUCCAUUCCCCACUCUCACCUGGCUCAAGGCUCCAGCCCACAAGGGUGACGACAAGGUUGAGGUUGCAUAUGACGAGCACAUCAACAAGAUUGUGUCUGAUGAUAGCUGUAUACUGCUGAUCCAGCAGGGAAAGCGCUCAGAUACAGGCCUCUACACUAUCACAGCCAGUAACAGCCUAGGAAAGGCCUCCAAGGAGAUGAGACUCAACGUCUUGGGACGUCCUGGACCACCAUCCGGUCCUGUGAAGUUUGAGGAGGUCGACGCUGAGAAGAUCACCCUGUCAUGGCUGCCACCUAAGGAUGACGGUGGCUCCAAAGUGACCAACUACGUCAUUGAGAGGCGUGUAGCCAACAGGAAGACAUGGAUCCCUGUGACCAACGAACCCAAGGAGCGUAUCUGGACGGUGGAGGGCCUGAUGGAAGGGCAUGAGUAUGUGUUCCGAAUUUGUGCUCAGAACAAAUAUGGAGUUGGAGAGCCUCUGGACAGUGAACCUGAAGAAGCCAGGAAACUCUAUGCUGUUCCCGGCCAAUGCGAAAAGCCAACCAUUUCAGCUGUUGACCAUGAUUCUAUGAUGGUCAACUGGGAAGAACCAGAAGACGAUGGAGGCAGUCCAGUGACUGGCUAUUGGCUGGAGCGUAAGGAAACCACCUCUAAGCGCUGGAACAGGGUGACGCGCGACCCCAUCCGGGCCAUGGCUUUCGGGGUGUCCCAUAAUGUGACUGGACUCAUUGAGGGGUCACAGUACCUCUUCCGGGUCACAGCUAUCAACGCAGCAGGAUGUGGACCUCCUAGCGCGUGCACCGACCCCAUCUUUGCCAGAGAUCCUAUCUCCGUCCCUGGACCUCCAACACCAAAGGUCACAGACUGGACCAAGUCAUCAGUGGAUCUAGUCUGGAUCCCACCUCUGAAGGAUGGUGGAUCUAAGAUCACGGGAUACAUUGUUGAAUACUCAGAGGAUGGAACAGACAAAUGGGUUAAAGCUAAAGACAAGGAGCACAGAAGCACCAAGUUGGUCAUUACUGGAUUGAAGACCGGUGGAUUCUACAAGUUUAGAGUGACAGCAUUGAAUGCUGCAGGCCCCAGCGAACCCGGUGAAGUCCCAGACGCUAUUAAGGUUGAAGACAGAACAAUUGCUCCUGAGGUUGACCUUGAUGCCACAGUGAAGGAAAGGAUGGUAGUCCAUGCCGGUGGUGUGAUCCGCAUCCUGGCCUUUGUGUCUGGCCAGCCUGCUCCAAAGAUCACAUGGAGCCGUGAUGACGGUGCUCUACCACCAGAAAGUGCAGUUGAGACCACCGCCAUCAGCUCAUCGCUGGUCAUCAAGCCCUGCACCAGAAGACACCAAGGAGUCUAUACUCUGACUGCUGCUAACUCAGGAGGAGAAAAGAAGAGAUCUAUCAUUGUUGAUGUCCUGGAUGUCCCUGGUCCAGUUGGCGUACCCUUCACCGCAGAGAACCUUACUAGCGACUCCUGCAAGCUGAACUGGUUUUGUCCUGAGGAUGAUGGUGGUUCUGCCAUCACCAACUACAUCAUUGAGAAACGCGAUGUGGAGAGGAAGGCCUGGACUGCCCUGUCCUACACAGUCACCAGACACACUGCUGUGGCCCACGGACUGCAGAACGGAAAAGCUUACUUCUUUAGAAUCGCAGCUGAGAACUCCAUUGGAGUUGGACCUUUCGUUAACACCGCAUGCGAAAUCAUCAUAAAGGAUCCCAUCACCGUUCCAGACCGCCCAGAGGACCUUGAAGUAACAGCAGUUCAUAGAGACUAUAUCAGCUUAACAUGGAAACCUCCUGUGUCUGACGGAGGGUCAGAAGUCACCAAGUACAUCCUGGAGGCCCGUAUGAUCGGCAAGGACAAGUUCACACGUCUGACCAAGGAGAAACUGAUGGAGAGGAGAUUCACCUAUGACGGUCUGAGAGAUGGGGACACCUAUGAGUUCAGAGUUAGCGCUGUGAAUGAAAUUGGGCCCAGCAAGCCAUCGUUCUGCACCAAACCAAUCACCUGCAAAGAUGAACUUGAACCCCCAACCAUUGAGCUUGACUUCCGUGACAAGAUCAUCAUCCGUGUUGGAGAGAGCAUGGCUCUCCAGGGUCGCUACACCGGAAAGCCCUCUCCAUCUAUCAUGUGGUACAGAGAUGACGAAGAGCUGAAAGCAGAUCAGCACAUCAAGUUCAAAAACUCACUGACCACCAUGACUUUAGGCCUUAUGAAAGCCAAGCGCGAGCACAGCGGCAGAUACUGCGUGCUGGUUGAAAACAGCACCGGCUCUCGAAAGGGCAUUUGCAAUGUGACCGUUGUAGAUCGCCCAACACAACCAGUUGGUCCAGUCAUCUUUGAUGAAGUUCACAGAGAGUUUAUGGUGAUCUCUUGGAAACCUCCUAUUGAUUCUGGCGGAGUGGACGUGUCCAACUACAUCAUUGACCAGAGAGACAUCAAUAGUGACAUCUGGAGGAAUGUAACAUCUGCUUCGACGAAGUUGACGUGCAAAAUCCCCAGGUUGAUUGAGGGAAAAGAGUACAUCAUGAGAAUCUGUGCUGAGAACAUGUACGGAAUCAGUGACCCACUGGAUUCAGAGGAGAUGAGAGCCAAAGAUCUCUUCAGAGUGCCUGAGGCACCAGAGAUGCCCAACGUGAGGGAGGUGUAUGCUGACAACUGCCUUGUGCUUUGGAGCAGACCUCGUGAUGGCGGCAAACCCAUCACUAACUACAUUUUGGAGAAGAAGGAGCCAGCUGCAAAGAGAUGGUCUCGUGCCACCAGAGAACCCCUCUACCCAACUACUCAGUUCAGGGUGCUUGACCUUAUUGAAGGCUGUCAAUAUCAAUUCCGGGUUAUGGCAGAGAAUGAAAUCGGCACUGGUGACCCUAGUCCCCCAUCAAACACAAUUCUUGCCAAAGAUCCAAUUGUUCCUCCCAGCCCCCCUGUACUGCCAGAGGCAAUCGACAAGACCAAGGAUACCGUAAGCCUGAAAUGGCAGCUACCUCGCCAUGAUGGCAAAGGCAAAAUCUUUGGUUACCUUGUUGAGUACCAGAAGGUUGGUGCAGUAGAAUGGUCACAGGGCAAUGUGACUCCUGAAGAGUGUCCAGAAUGCAACUAUGUUCUAAAGGGCCUGGAAGACGGAGCAGAGUACAACAUCAGGGUCUUCACUGUGAAUGCUGCUGGACCCUCUGAGCCUGCCCCUUGUAAGCAAACAGUGAAAGUACAUGACAGACUGGAGAAACCAGAGUUGCUGCUUGAUGCCAAUAUGUCCCGUGACCAUCUUGCGAUGGUAGGAACUAAUAUUACUCUCAGUUCAGUGAUCAAGGGCAUGCCACCUCCCACUGUAGUAUGGCAGAAGAACGGAGAAGAGGUUCCCGCAGAUCGUUGUACCAUUGCUGCCACUGCCACUGGCAGCAAACUUGUUAUGCUCAACUGUGUCCGCUCAGACAGCGGAAAAUACACACUCACUAUUGAAAAUGCAGCUGGAAAGAAGUCCGCUACAUGCACAGUGCUCACCUUAGAUAAACCCGGACCUCCUCGGGAUCUGAAAAUCUCUGAGAUCACCAGUGAGUCAGCCUACCUGACCUGGAAGGUUCCUGAGGAUGAUGGAGGGGCUGUCAUCUCUCACUACGUUGUGGAAAAGAAAGACGUGGCGGCUGAGAAAUGGGUGCCCGUCGCUGCAUCAAACAAGAAGCCUAGUCUGAUGGCUCUGUAUCUUAUGGAAGGCAUCCAGUAUCUGUUCCGUGUUGCUGCUGAGAACCAGUUUGGCAGAGGUUCCUACAUCAUGACUAAGACGCCGAUCAAGGCUGUUGAUCCUCUUUAUCCACCUGGUCCACCAAAGAAUCUACAUCACAUCGACGUAGACAAGACUGAAGUCUGGCUCCAAUGGGAUUGGCCAGACCGCGACGGAGGAAGUGAGAUCACUGGAUUCAUCGUUGAGCACCAGGAGGGAGAGGGAAAAGACUGGGUCACCUUCAAGACUGUCACCAAUCCUCAUAGCCAUGUCACUGGACUGGAGGAGGGAAAGACAUACAGGUUCCGUGUGAAGUCCCAGAAUGCUGUUGGCGUGAGCCGUCCAGACACCAGUGUCCCUGUAACCUGCCAGGAGAAACUCUUGCCACCAACUAUUUCAGUGGAUGUGAAGCUUAUUGAGGGUUUGAUUGUCAAGGCUGGAAGCACUAUCGUACUCCCAGCAGUCAUGAAAGGAAUUCCUACUCCCACAGCCAAGUGGGUGAGUGACGGAAAGGAACUGGCAACAAAGGACAAUGUCAAGAUUGACACUGAGGGCAUGAACACAUCUCUCACCAUCACUGGAUGUGUCAGAGGUGACACUGGAGAGUAUCUCCUCACCGUGGCAAACUCUGCUGGAAGCAAGACUGUUGCUCUGCACGUCACUGUGCUCGAUGUCCCAGGUGCCCCCAUUGGCCCGAUCAACAUCCUUGAAGUUACCCCUGACCACAUGGUCAUCAACUGGAGACCACCUAAAGAUGAUGGUGGCACUCCUUUGACGUGUUAUAUUGUUGAAAAGAAGGAUACCAAAAAGGCUUGGGAACCAUGGUCAGUUGUGUGCUCAGGAUGCACUGGUACAAAGGCUAAAAUUUCUCGAUUGGAGAAAGGUCGUGAAUAUAUUCUGCGUGUCCGUGCAGAAAACAAGGUGGGCAUUGGUGCUGGACUUGAGAGUCCUCCCACUAUUGCCAAACAUAUGUUUGAUCCACCUGGCCCUCCAGGCCAGCCAACCUGCUCUGAUAUCACAGAGAAUGCUGUGACCAUAGAAUGGACUCUGCCCGAAUUUGAUGGUGGCAGUCCAGUCAGUGGCUAUGUAGUAGAGCGCAGAGAAAUGACAGGGAAAUGGAUCCGCGUCAACAAGACACCUGUAUUGGAUCUCCGAUACAGAGCAUCAGGUCUGUUCGAGAACAACAGCUACGAGUUCAGAAUCUUUGCUGAGAACGUUGCUGGUGUCAGCGAGCCCUCUCCUGUAUCAGAUCCAGUGAAGUGCACUCGUCCUAUUACUAAGCCAGGACCCCCAUUAAACCCUAAACUGAGGGACUGGAGCAAGUCAUAUGCUGACUUGGUGUGGACCAAGCCAACAAGAGAUGGAGGCAGCCCCAUCUUAGGUUAUAUAGUUGAAUGUCAGAAAUCAGCCAGCACCAAAUGGGAGAAAGUUCAUAAGGAUCUCAUCCCGAUGUGCGCAUUUAGAGCAAUGGGACUUACUGAGGGCAUGGAAUACAGGUUCCGCAUUAGCGCUUCCAAUAUUAUUGGAGAUGGAAAACCUACAGAGCUCUCAGAAACAGUCCUUGCCAAGGACAUUCUGGUUCCCCCAGAGCUGACAGUUGAUGUUGCUUGCCGUGACCUUCUGACAGUUAGGGUGGGACAGAGUAUCAACCUUGUUACUAGAGUUAAAGGUAGACCAGAUCCUGAUAUCACUUGGUCUAAGGAUGCCAAGAUUCUAGGCAUAGACAGGCGUACUGAGAUGAACAACAACUACCCUCUGGUUGAGCUGGUGAUUUCAGAUGCAGUAAGGCAAGAUUACGGAAAGUAUGCUAUCCUUGCUAAAAACAGCAGUGGUCAAGCACAGGCUACCAUUAUUGUGAAUGUGCUUGACACUCCAGGCAUCUGUCAGAAUCUGAAGACCACUUACGUGACAAAAGAAUCCUGCAUGGUUUCCUGGGAGAACCCAGAGGAUAAUGGAGGAACUGAAAUAACACAGUACAUUAUUGAGAGCCGUCAACCUAGUCAAAGGAAUUGGACAGUGGUAUCAAAUGAUUGCACCAAACGCCUUAUGAAGGCACCACUCCAUGAGGGUUGUGAAUACUUCUUCCGUGUGAGUGCAGAGAACAAAAUUGGUGCUGGACCUUCAACAGAGACCAAAACAGCUAUCCUUGCUGUUGAUCCCAUUGAGAAGCCUGGUGACCCUAUUGACUUCAUUAUCUCUGAGAUCGGCAAGACAUUCGUCUUCCUGAAAUGGAAGAGACCAGACUAUGAUGGUGGCAGCCGUAACCUGGGCUACCAUGUUGAAAAGAAACCUAAAGUGGCAGAAGAAUGGGAGAGACUGCACAAGGGUGCGAUUAAGGAAACUUACUUCAUGGCAGACAAGUGCAUUGAAAACGAAAUUUACCAGUUCAGGGUACAGACAAAGAAUGAAGGAGGUGAGAGCAACUGGGUGACAACUGCUGAGGUUGAGGUUAAAGAACAGUUAGUGGUGCCAGAGAUCAAGAUGAAGUUGCAAUGGACUCUAGUGGUUAAUGCCGGUGACGCCAUUCCGAUUGAAGCUGAUGUCAAGGGAAAACCAGCUCCGGAAGUAAAGUGGACAAAGGAGAACGACACAGGGGACAUCACCAAGAGCCCAAGGCUCCAAAUAGAAGCCGGUGUAGAAUUCUCUAAAUUCCUGUUGACAAACUCAAGACGUGGAGAUACUGGAAAAUAUAACAUCACUGCUACCAAUAGUGCUGGAACAGCCACUGGAUGGGCGAAUGUGUGUGUACUUGAUAGACCUGGUCCUAUCAGCAACCUAGUUGUAAAUGGUGUUACAGUGGAUAGGUGCAUGUUGACAUGGGAUAUGCCAGAAGAUGAUGGUGGAUGUGAAAUUUAUAACUACAUCAUAGAAAAGUGUGAGAAGAAGAGAAUGGUGUGGUCCAUACAUUCUUCUGCUGUGAUCACCAACUCUGCUAAAGUAACCCGCCUUGUAGAAGGAAAUGAAUAUAUAUUCAGGGUGCGUGCAGAAAACAAGAUGGGGGCAGGUCCUGCAGUGGAGAGCGCACCUAUUGUGGCAAGGACCGAAUUCAGUAAACCUGGCAUUCCAGAAGCACCAGAAGUUAUCAAGAUCUCCAAGGAGGAGAUGACCGUUACAUGGAACCCUCCUGAGAAUAACGGUGGAAAGAAAAUCUCUGGUUACAUUCUGGAGAAAAAGGAAGAAUUCGGAGUACGAUGGUCUCCUUGCACAAAGCAUUCCAUUGAUUCGACCCAACUGACUGUCACUGGUUUGCUGCGUGAUCAUGAAUAUCAGUUCCGCGUCAGGGCUGAGAAUGAAAUAGGACUUGGUGAACCAAGCAAACCCUCAAGAUCACUCGCCGCCAGAGAUUCUCUUGAUGUCCCAGCCCCUCCAACAAAUCUGAAGGUUGGUGACAGUACAAGGACCUCAGUAGCACUGAAGUGGACAAAGCCUGUUUCUGAUGGUGGAGCUCCUAUCAUUGGUUAUGUGGUGGAAAUGAGGAUCAAGGGAAACAAGGAUGCGGCAUGGAAGAGGUGUAAUGUCGCAGCCCAGCUAAUUGUAUGUGAAUUCACUGUCUCCAGUCUGGAUGAUCAUGAAUGGUAUGAAUUCCGCGUUUCUGCUCAAAAUCAAUGCGGUAUGAGCUUAACGGCGGAUCUUACGAUGCCCGUGCAACCCAAGGAUAUCCUUGAGGCACCUGAAAUUGACAUGGAUGCUAGUCUGAAGGAGGGUCUGACAGUCAGGGCCGGAUGUCCCAUCCGACUGGUGGCAACCAUCAAGGGAAGACCAGCUCCCAAAGUCUCCUGGAGAAGAAUGGGUGUCGAUAACGUUGUCAGGAAGGGCCAUGUGGACAUCAUUGACACAAUGACCUUCCUGGUUAUCCCUGAAAGUACACGGGAUGAUUCAGGCAAAUACUCCCUGACCCUGUCCAGCCCAGCUGGGGAGAAGGCAGUGUUUGUCAAUGUCAAAGUACUGGAUACCCCAGGGCCUGUAGUGGGUCUGGAUGCCACAGAUAUUAAACAGACGUCCGCCAAACUGGCAUGGUCACCCCCUGAGAACGAUGGUGGCAGUGCAGUCACUCAUUACAUUAUUGAGAAGCGUGAAAUCGACCGCAAGACCUGGGGACCAGUCGCAAACAAUAUUGAACAGACUGAAACCAACGUCAAGAAACUUGUUUCAGGCACAGAGUAUUUCUUUAGAGUCACGGCUGUGAAUGAAUAUGGUCCUGGAGUUGCGAAGGUCUCGCCAAAGUCCUACAUGGCAUCUGAUCCUGUCAGCAAACCUGAACCAUGCCCGAAGAUUGAUGUAUUGGAAAUUACAAAGAACAGUGCACUUCUGGGAUGGCUGAAACCAUUGGGUGAUGGAGGAGCUAAGAUAGAUGGUUAUAUAGUUGAAUACAUGGGUCUCAUCCCACCCAAACCAGAACCAGAACCAGCAGAACCAGUAGAAGGAGAGGAAGCUGCUCCUCCUCCGGAACCUGUACCUGCACCUGUGGUUGUGGAAGAACCAGCGGAAGAGAAGCCAGAACCACAAUGGAUGGCAUACACAACUGUUAAAAAUUUAACCCUUUCAGUUAGUGGACUCAAGGAGGGUAUGAAGUACAGAUUCCGGGUGGCUGCAAGAAAUAUCAUGGGUCGCAGUUCGUACACUGAAACUAGGGACGCUUAUGAGAUCAAGGAACAGAUGCUGGAACCCAAGAUUAUGAUGGCGGAGGCUGUGUCUGCCAAAGCAGGAGCUAAACUCAGAGUGGAAGCUCUUGUGUCUGGAAAGCCAGCACCAACCUGCACAUGGAUGCGAGGAGAUGACAAUGUUGUUUCCUCUAGUCGUCUUGCUGUGCACAAAUCUGCAAACAUGUGUGUGCUCAUCAUCAAAGACGUGUCCAGAACCGACAGUGGACUAUACAGUUUGGUUGCUGAGAACAGCUGUGCUAAAGUAGAUCAGCAUAUUAAAAUCAUCAUCAGAGAUAUCCCCGGAGCGCCUGAGCCUCCAUUUGAGAUCAGUGACAUUGACGCUGAUGCCUGCACACUCUCUUGGAAAGCACCAAUUGAAGAUGGCGGAAGCCAGAUUACAAACUACGUAGUGGAGAAGUGUGACGUGAUCAGAGGCGACUGGGUAAACGCUGUAUCGUCCUGUGGCAAGACUGGCUGCAGACUGGGAAAGCUCAUCCCUGGAAAGGAAUACAUCUUCCGUGUCCGUUCUGAGAAUCGCUUUGGAAUCUCAGACCCCCUUACAUCGGACAGGAUGAUUGCCAAAUUCCCCUUCGAUGUGCCCAGUGAGCCUUUAAACUGCCACAUCACCAAGGUCAACAAGGACUGUAUGUUUGUAGCCUGGGACAGACCUGAGAGCGAUGGUGGCAGCCCUAUUACUGGCUUCUACAUUGAACGCAAAGAGAGGAACAGCCUCCUUUGGGUCAAGGCUAACGACUCAGUUGUCAGAUCAACGGAAUAUCCCUGUGCAGGCCUUAUUGAGGGCUUGGAAUACAACUUCAGAGUAUCUGCCAUCAAUCGUGCUGGACAGAGUAAGCCAAGCAAGAAGUCUGACUUUGUCACAGCAAGAACACCAGUUGACACACCAGGCAAACCAGAGGUUCUCGAUGUUACCAAGAAUGCAGUCAACUUGGUCUGGACUAGACCAAAGAAUGACGGUGGAAGCAAGAUCAUUGGAUAUUAUGUUGAGGCCCUGAGGCUCCCUGGAGACAAAUGGGUCCGUUGCAACACCAGCAGUCAGAAUGUACCCAGAGAAGAGUACACUGCAACUGGACUGGAGGAAGACAUGGAGUACCAGUUCAGAGUCAUCGCAAAGACCGCUGUCAACAUGAGCCGGGCAUCAGACAUCACAGACCCAGUUCUGGUCUCUGCAGAGAAGGUGCCACCAAGAGUAGAAAUUGGAAUCCCAAUGAAGAGGCUUAAACCAGUGAAGGCUGGAGCAAAUGUACUUCUUGAGGCAGAGGUGUUUGGAAAACCGAUGCCCAAGGUUACAUGGAAGAGGGGAGAGGAAGUAUUGAGAGCUUCUGAGAUGUUGAAGAUGUCCCAGUUGAGACAUCUCUUCAGCAUAGAGCUUCUUGGAGUAACAAAGGAACACACAGGAGAGUAUAUUAUUUUGGCAGAAAAUGCAAGUGGAUCCAAAACUGGAGAAAUUAAGUUAACGGUUUUCGAUGUCCCCGGUCCACCAGUCUCUGUCAAGUUUGGUGACGUGUUUGCCAAUAGUGUCCAGAUUAGUUGGGAGGCGCCUAUUGCAGAUGGAGGCUCAGACAUCACAAACUACAUUGUUGACAAACGUGAGACCAGUAGAGCUGAAUGGGCUCAGGUCGCAGCCCAUAUUCAGGGUGAUGUGUUUGAACUCACCACAAAGAAACUGAUUGAGGGACGAGAGUACCAGUUCCGCGUCCGCGCAGAGAAUAGAUUUGGGGUUGGAGAAGCCAUCUUGACUGAUCCCGUCUAUGCCAGGAAUCCAUUCACUGUCCCUGGGGCAUGUGAGGCACCAGUCAUCACAAACAUCACCAAAGAGCACAUGACCGUUAGCUGGAAGGAACCAGCCGAUGAUGGCAAGUCAACCAUCUUAGGAUACAUGGUGGAGAAGAAGGGAACCAAGGAAGUCAACUGGACUAAACUGAACAGGAAAGCCUUGAUAGAGAGAACCCUGGAAGUUGCUGGUCUGUCAGAGGGAGCAGAGUAUGAAUUCAGAGUAAUUGCCCUGAACAACGCUGGCCUUGGCAAACCCAGUGAGCCAUCCACUGUGGCUUCAGCCCACGAUCCUAUCAAUCCUCCUGGACCCCCUGUGAACCCGAUGGUCACUGACGUCAGCCGCAGCACGAUUAGCCUGACCUGGACUAAACCAGCCAAUAACGGAGGCAGUGCCAUCCUGGGAUACCUUGUUGAAUGCAAGAGAACAGACGCAACAGACUGGAUCAGAUGCAACGUGCCCAAGAACCUCCAAGACACAUUCUACCUUGUUCAGAACCUCAUUGAUAAAUCUGAAUAUCAACUGCGUGUGUCUGCCGUGAACAAAGUGGGCUUCAGUGAAACAUGCGAAGUGCCAGACAAACAUGUAGCAAAGGACAUUUUGGUUGCUCCUGAGGCAGAACUCAGUGCUGACCUGAAGGAGGUUCUGGAGCUCCGUGCUGGGUCCCAAAUGAGACUUUUCGCCACAAUAAAGGGUCGUCCCACUCCCAAGGUGAUCUGGGCAAAAAUGAACAGCAACAUCAAGGAAAGACAAGGCAUCGUUAUCAAGAGCACCGACACUGACACUGUGGUGUUAGUCCAGAGUUGCAACAGAUAUGAUGCGGGCAAAUAUAUCCUGAGUCUUGAAAGUCGCAGCGGAAUGAAGAUGUAUACAAUUGUUGUCAAGGUUUACGAUACCCCUGGGCCACCAGUCAAUCUCAUGGUAAAGGAGACAACAAAGGACAGUGCAAAGAUCCUUUGGGAUACUCCUCUUAUUGAUGGUGGAAGCGAAGUGACCAGUUACAUUAUUGAAAAGCGUGAUGCAGAGAGAAAAGCUUGGUCUCUAGUUAAGGAUAACUAUGCCAAAAACACUCUCAAGAUCCCUGAUUUGGAGGCUGGUAGAUCUUACUGUUUUAGAGUCAAGGCUGUGAAUGAAUAUGGCGUUGGUGAGGCAUGUGAAACCGCAGAUUCAGUUAGAGCGUCUGAGGAACCUGGGCCAGUUAUGGACUUCAAGCCCUUGUUGAUCACAAAGCAAGGAUGCACCCUUGGAUGGAAGAAACCUCUCAGUGAUGGCGGUAGCCGCAUCAUUGUGUAUGUGCUUGAGGUUAUGAAUGGAGAUGAUAACUGGAAGGAGCUAAUGAGUUCCAAGAACAUGCAGUACAGUGCCAAGGAUCUGGUGGAAGGAAAAGAAUAUAAGUACAGAGUCAAAGCAGUAAAUGACUCUGGUGACAGUCCGUACAAGGAGCUGGAUGUGGUGGCUAAAGACCAGAUCAUUCAUCCUGGAGUUGACUUGCGGGGCAUUCCCAAUCUGUGCUACAUUGCAAAGGAGGGAAGUAUAGUCCGCAUCAAGCUCCCACUCUACGGCAAACCUACUCCUAAAUGCUCCUGGAAGAAGGGCGAGGAUGAGGAUUUGACCGAUACUGGAAGAGUGUGUGCAGAAUCCACAGCAGUCAACACUACCCUCCUGAUCCGUGACUGCCAGAGGAGCGAUGCCUCUAAGUACACAGUCACACUGAAAAACAUUUCUGGAGUAAAGGAAUCCACCAUCUUCAUUAGGGUGGUUGGCAAACCAGGAAUGCCUGUCGCACCAAUGAAGUUUAAGGAUGUCACUGCAGAUGGGUGUACCCUGAGAUGGACUGCACCUAAGGAUGAUGGUGGAUCAGAGAUAACCAACUAUACUCUUGAGAAGAGGGAUUCCGUAACCAACAUGUGGGUUAGCAUUGCUACCGAUAUUGAAGCAGUUUCCAAUACUACCACCUUCAGAGUGACAGGUCUUCAUGAGGAGACGGAAUACAUCUUCAGAGUCUGUGCACAGAACAAGCAUGGUGCUAGUGAAGGACUCAAAUCCGAGCCUAUUGUUGCCAAACAUCCAUUCAAUGUACCUGAGGCACCACCUGCACCUGUGAUCAUGAGUAUGCGUCAUGAUUCAUCAUUCUUGGCCUGGUCUGACCCAAGGAAGACCGGAGGCUCUCCAAUUACUGGCUACCAUGUUGAGUUCAAGGAGAGGAACAGCAUGCUGUGGAAGAGGUCAGGGGGAGCCAUUAAGUUGAAGGAACACAAGGUCACCGGCUUAACUGAAGGACUGGAAUAUGAAUUCAGAGUCAUGGCCACGAAUCUGGCCGGUGUUGGCAGAGCAAGUCCACCAACUGGGGCGCAUGUUGCCUUGGAUCCAAUUGAUGCCCCUGGAAAACCUGAUGUGAUCAGCAUCACAAGAAGUACUGUAACACUUCAGUGGACUGAGCCCAAGUACGAUGGUGGACACAGACUGACAGGCUACAUUGUGGAAAAACGUGAUUUGCCUUCCAAGAUCUGGCAAAAGGCUAACAAUGUGAAUGUUGUAGACACAGCAUACACUGUGAAAGAGCUGCAGGAGGGAUGCAAGUUUGAGUUCAGAAUCAGGGCAAAAAAUGCCGCUGGAGCAUUGAGCCCUCCCUCUGAACAAACAGAUACACUUGUGUGCAAGGAUGAAUACGAGGCACCAACCAUCACUAUUGAUUCCACUGUAAAAGAGGGACUCACAGUCAGAGCGGGUGACCACAUCGUCAUAACUGCAACAAGUAUUGUAGGCAAACCCCCACCAACAUCAGUGUGGUCUAAGGGUGGAAAAUACUUCAAGCCUUCAGAUAUCUGCCAGAUUGAGUCCACUGCAACGUCCUCGACAUUGACUGUCAAAUACGCCGGGAGAUCGGAUUCUGGAGAAUACACAAUUACAGCCAGCAAUCCAUUUGGUGUCACAGAAGAAGUUGUGAAAGUGAAGGUUUUGGACGUUCCCGCAGCUCCGGGUCCUAUUGAGGUCAGUGGAGUUUCGUCUGAGAAGGUCACACUGACAUGGACACCACCAACUGAAGAUGGUGGAUGUCCAGUUAAAUAUUACACCCUGGAGAAGAGAGAAACAAGCCGCCUCCUUUGGACCAUUCUUUCAGAAAAAGUACUUGACUGCCACUAUAUUGCCAAGAAGCUAAUCCAGGGAAAUGAAUACAUCUUCCGUGUGAAGGCAGUUAAUCACUAUGGUCCUGGAGAAGCAGCAGUGUCUGGGCCAGCUAAGAUGGUGGACCAAUUUGGUCCCCCUGGUCCUCCAUCAAAACCAGAGAUUGAAGAGAUUGGAGGACACCAUGUCAAAAUCAACUGGAAAAGACCAAUUGAUGAUGGUGGUAGCGACAUCACAGGCUACAUGGUUGAAAAGAAAGAAAGAAAGGGCAUGAGAUGGGUUAGGGCAGCGAAGAAGUCCAUUGCUGAACUCUCAUAUGAAGUAACGGGACUCACAGAGAAAGUUGAAUAUGAAUUCAGGGUGGUUGCAGAGAACAAAGCAGGCUUCGGAGAGCCAAGUGAACCAUCAUUGUCUGUUACGACCAAAACUGUUAAAUAUGCACCUGGACCUCCAAUCAACCCAAGAAUUACAGACACAACAAAGACUUCUGCAACAUUCUUCUGGGGGAAACCACUUGAAGAUGGUGGGCUUGAAGUCACAGGGUACUUUGUUGAGCAUAAAAAAGAUGGAGAAGAGGAAUGGUUCAAGGACACACCAACUGCUUCACUGAGAAUUACAGAAUUUGUUAUUCCUAACUUGAAAGUGGGAGCAAAAUACCACUUCAGAGUCAGUGCAAUGAAUGCAGAGGGAGUUGGUGAACCAGCUCAAACUGAAGAACUGGUUGAAAUUAUUGAACGUGAAGAAGAGCCAGACUUUGAACUGGAUGUUGAGCUGAGAAGAACCCUUGUUGUCAGGGCGGGAUGUUCCAUCCGCAUAUUUGUGCCCAUUAAAGGUCGCCCAGCUCCUGAAGUAGCCUGGACGAAGGGCGAAGACGCACCACUCAAAGGACGUGCUAACAUUGACAGCACAGAGUCAUACACUAUGCUUGUCAUCCCUGACUGCACAAGAAAUGAUGCAGGAAGAUACAACUUGAUCCUUACGAAUGCUGCAGGAGAGAAGACUGCUCAUGUCAAUGUGAGAGUUCUGGAUUCACCUGGACCACCAAUUAAUCUGAAGCCAAAGCACAUUGACAAAGAGAGCAUCACUCUUCAAUGGGAACUGCCGCUUAUCGAUGGUGGUUCAAAGAUAACAAACUAUAUCAUUGAAAAGAGAGAGUCAACACGCAAAGCAUAUUCCACCAUAAUAUCAGUUUGUCCAAAUAGCACAGUUAGAAUUCCUGAUCUAGCAGAAGGGUCAGAAUAUUACUUCAGAGUAUCGGCUGAAAAUGAGUACGGAAUUGGCGAGUCGGUUGAGACUACAGAUCCAAUUCGAGCAUCUCAAGCACCAACACCCCCUGAGAGCGUUUAUGCUACAGAUGUCACCAAGACCGCUGUCAGUCUUGCAUGGACAAAGCCAAAACAUGACGGUGGUAGUAGAGUUACUGGAUAUGUCCUUGAAGCUCAAAAGAAGGGAGGAGACCAGUGGUCCCAUGUGACAACUGUCAAGACUAUGGACUUCAUAGUGAAGAACCUAAAUGAAAAUGAACAGUAUAUAUUCCGUGUCAUGGCUGUAAACCACUCCGGAAGAAGUGGUCCUUGUGACAGCAAGCCUGUUACUAUCAAGGAAACAAUAACAAUGCCAGAAUUUGACCUGCGUGGAAUAUGCCAGAAAAUUGUCAUUGCCAGGGCAGGAGAUGAGAUUAAAGUUGAGAUACCAGUUAUGGGACGUCCAAAACCAACUGUUUCAUGGACGAAAGAUGGUCAGCACCUCAAGAUAACCCCAAGAAUAAUCACUGAAUGUACUGCAACCACAAGUAUCCUGAAUAUAACAGAAUGCAUAAGGAGUGACACAGGACAUUAUGGCAUGACAGGGAAGAACAUAGUUGGCUCAGUGACAGAUACCAUCAUAGUAAAAGUGCACGAUGUCCCUGGACCUCCAAAGGGACCAAUAAAAAUAGAUGAAAUCUCCCGUACCUAUGCUGUCAUCUCUUGGGGAACACCUGAGAAUGAUGGAGGUGUACCAAUCAACAAUUACAUUGUUGAAUUAAGGGAAACUACAGGAACGUCAUGGGUAGAAUUGACAUCAUCAGUAAUCCGUACAAUAUUUAAAGCUACUCGUCUGAAGACUGGUGCGGAAUACCAGUUCAGAGUCAAAGCUAAAAACAGAUAUGGUGCUGGUCAACCAAUCAUCUCAGAGUCAGUGGUUGCUGCAUAUCCAUUCAAACCCCCUGGGCCACCUAGCACUCCAAAGGUUGUGGCCUUUACCAAAGACACAAUGACAAUUGGCUGGAAUGAACCUGUUUAUGAUGGUGGAAGUGAAGUCAUUGGAUAUCACAUUGAGAGGAAAGAGAGAAGCAGCAUCCUUUGGCAAAAGAUCAGCAAAUCCAUGGUGAAAGAUAAUCAAUUCAAAUCAAGUGGACUGGAAGAUGGAGUUGCAUAUGAAUUCCGCGUCACUGCUGAAAACAUGGCUGGAAUUGGUAAACCAAGCAAGGCUUCAGAAGCAAUGCUAGCCCUUGAUCCAGUGGAUCCACCAGGUCAACCAGAGCCAAUCUUUGUUUCCAAGAAUAUAGUAACAAUUCAAUGGACAAAGCCUGAAUAUGAUGGUGGGUUCAAGAUUACUGGCUACGUAGUGGAAAAGAGAGACUUACCAGCUGGUCGUUGGAUGAGGGCCAACUUCACAAACAUCAUUGAGACCACUUUCACUGUAAGUGGGUUAACUCAGAAUGAGGCCUAUGAAUUCCGUGUACUUGCCAAAAAUGCAGCUGGUUCAGUAAGUGAACCAUCUGAGCCAUCGGAUCCCAUCACCUGCACAGAUGAUAUUGUGGAACCACGAAUCAUGGUUGAUGCCAAAUUCAAGGAUGUGAUUCUACUGAAAGCAGGGGAAAACUUCAAACUUGAUGCAGAUGUUGCAGGCCAACCACUACCAUCCAUGGUGUGGACCAAGGGUGGAAAGGAUAUUGAAAAUACGAUGAAAUUGACAAUUAAAAUGACUGACUUAACAACAACUCUGAUUAACAAAGACUCGUUAAGAAGAGAUGGAGGUGAAUUUGUUCUGACUGCCACAAAUGUUGGCGGGUUUGCCAAGCAUAUCUUUAAUGUCAAAGUCCUUGACAGACCAGGUCCACCUGGAGGACCCCUGGUGGUGUCAGAUAUCACAUCUGACAACUGUAUUUUGGAAUGGGCUCCACCCGCAGAUGAUGGUGGUGCAGAGAUUGACCAUUAUGUGAUUGAAAAGCGUGAAUCAAGCAGGCUUGCAUGGACAAAUUCGGCCUCAGGCUUAACUGAUACUCAAUUUAAGGUGAACAAGUUACUCAAAGGAAAUGAGUACAUAUUCAGAGUAAUGGCAGUCAACAAAUAUGGAGUCGGAGAGCCUCUAGAAUCUGUGCCAACUAUUGCAAACAAUCCAUGGGUGCCAGCAGAUCCUCCAAAGGAUCCUGAAGUAACAAUAAUCACUAAGGAUUCAAUGAUUCUUAUGUGGAAGGCUCCUGAGUACGAUGGUGGAACUCCAAUCACAAACUAUAAUAUUGAAAGGAAAGACAAGAUUGGUCUUCGCUGGGUAAAAUGCAACAAGAAGAAAGUAAAAGACUUGCAGUUCAAGGUAACUGGGCUUCAAGUAACACAUGAAUAUGAAUUCAGAAUUCUUGCAGAGAAUGCAGCUGGAUUAAGCUUACCAAGCAAUUCAAGUCCUUUCUACAAGGCUACUGACACCCUCUACGAACCAGGCCCUCCAGGCAACCCAAGAGUCGUGGACACAACCAAGUCAUCCAUUACGAUUGCAUGGAACAAGCCAAAUUAUGAUGGUGGUUCUGAAAUCACAGGAUACAUUGUGGAGACCUGCGUUCCUGGGGAGGAGGAAUGGACAAUUGUUACUCCGCCAGGAGGACUAAUGGGUACAUCGUUUACCCUUAUGAACUUAGAGGAGGACAAAGAGUGCAUGAUUCAAGUUUCUGCCGUAAACAGUGAGGGUAUUGGAGAGGAAGCAACUAUUCCUGGCACACCGAGAGCUGAAGACAGGCUGCUUCCACCGGAAUUUGACCUGGAUGCAGAGCUAAAGAAGGUUGUGAAUAUCAGAGCCUGUAACACAUUGAGACUUUUUGUACCUAUCAGAGGAAGACCAUCACCCGAGGCAAAAUGGACCAAAGAAGAUGGUGAACCUAUUACGAGAGCAACCAUUGAAAGCACAACUUCUUACACAUCACUGGUGGUGGAAAAUGUCAACCGAUUUGACAGUGGCAAGUACGUGCUCACAAUAGAAAACAGUUAUGGAUCCAAUACAGCUGCUGUGAAUGUCAGAGUGCUAGAUACCCCAGGUGCCCCGCAAAAUCUCAAGAUCAACAGCGUCACUAAAGAAUCUGUCACUCUUAUCUGGGAUGCUCCAGUAAAUGACGGUGGAGCAAAGAUUAAGAACUACAUUGUUGAAAAACGUGAAUCAACAAGGAAAGCAUAUGCCACUGUAAAAUCGAACUGUCAUAAGAACACCUGGAAAGUUGACCAGCUGCAGGAGGGAUGUAACUACUACUUCAGAGUUUUAGCUGAAAAUGAAUAUGGAAUUGGCCUACCAAUUGAAACCCGUGAAUCAGUUAAAGUUUCUGAAAAACCACAGCCUCCUGCCAAAAUCACCCUCGCCGAUGUUACCAAGACUAGUGCCACCCUGUCUUGGGAGAAACCAGAGCAUGACGGAGGAAGUAGAGUGGUAUGCUAUGUUGUUGAGAUGCUGAGCAAAGGUGCCGAGAAAUGGGUCCAGUCUUCCAUUGUCAAAACAUUAGAAGCAGUUGUCCCUGGACUGACACCAGGUGAAGAGUACAUGUUCCGUGUAGCAGCAAGAAAUGAAAAAGGAACAAGUGAUCCACGUCAAAUUGGUGUGCCAGUGAUUGCUAAAGAUCUUGUGAUUGUCCCAUCAGCUAAAAUGUUGUUCAACACAUUCAGUGUUCUAGCAGGAGAGGAUUUGACAGUACAGAUUCCGUUUAUUGCUCGACCCCGAGCAACUAUUUCAUUCAUAAAGGACAAUCUACCUAUGAAGCGUACCACCAGAGUUAACUUUGGAGGAUCAGAUAAACUGAUCAAUCUUCAAAUCAAAGAGGCAUGCAGAGAAGAUGUUGGUCAGUACCGAAUCAUACUCGCAAACACCGCUGGGGAUACAUCUUUAUGCAUCUCAGUAGUUGUUCUUGACAAACCUGGACCACCAAAGGGCCCAAUUAAAGUUGAGGCUGUUACUACUGACAGUGUGCUUUUCUCCUGGGCUCCACCAGAGUAUGAUGGUGGUGCAACAAUCAACAGCUACCUUGUAGAAAAGAGAGACACGUCCACACAAACUUGGUUGGUCGUGUCUCCAAAUCAUGCAAGAACAACGAUUAAAGCUUCGAGGCUGAAAAACGGUUCAGAGUACCAGUUCAGGGUGACAGCUCAGAACAGGUAUGGAAAGGGCCCAUCUCUGACCUCAGGGUCUGUUGUUGCUGAGUAUCCAUUCAAAUUACCAGGCCCUCCAGGAACACCAUCUGUACAGUCUUCCACAAAGGAUAGCAUGGUAGUUGUGUGGAAUGAGCCUGUUAAUGAUGGUGGAAGCACUGUGCUGGGAUAUCAUCUUGAGCGCAAAGAGAGAAACAGUAUUCUCUGGGUGAAGCUCAAUAAGUCUCUUAUCCAGGAUACAUCUUACAAGACCACUGGCCUGGAACCAGGACAGGAAUAUGAAUUCAGAGUUUACGCUGAAAACAUUGUGGGAAUUGGAAAAGUUAGCAAACUUUCCGAAGGUCACAUUUCUAGGGAUCCUUGCGAUCCCCCCGGAGAUCCUGAGGCUACUAAGAUAACAAAGGAUUCUGUAACAAUCACAUGGACAAAGCCAGAGUAUGAUGGUGGUGCCAACGUCACCGGCUAUAUUGUAGAGAAGAAAGAGUUGCCAGAGGGCCGCUGGAACAAAACCAACUUCACAAAUAUCAUUGAAACCGAGUAUGUGGCAACCAGCCUUGUGGAGAACCAGAAAUAUGAGUUCCGUGUUAUUGCAAGAAACGCAGCAGGUGUUUUCAGCCUUCCCUCAUACAGCACUGGACCAAUUACUGCUAAAGAUGAAAUCGACCCUCCUCGUAUUAGCAUUGACCCACAGUUCACACAAACUGUUUAUGUUAAUGCUGGAGAUAGCUUCAAAAUCGAUGCCGAUGUUCAUGGUAGUCCAAUACCCGAAAUCCUCUGGAUGAAGAGCGGCCAUGAGGCACCCCUUGCAAACACUAUCACCAGAGACAUAAAAAAUACAGACAGCACCACUUUGUUGACUGUCAAAGAGGCUAAACUUGAAGAUGGAGGAAAGUACACUUUACUUCUAAAGAAUCCAGGAGGCGAGAAGUCAGUGAAAAUCAAUGUGGUUGUUCUGGAUAAACCUGGGGCACCACAAGGUCCUAUCUCUGUCACUGGCAUCACAAAUGAUCAAUGUUGCCUUGCUUGGAAAUCCCCACUAUAUGAUGGCGGCAGUAAAAUCACUCAUUACAUUGUAGAGAGAAGGGAGACAAGCAGAUUAGUUUGGACUGUUGUUGAUAAUAAGUGUGAGUCAAAUUAUCUGAAGGUUACAAAACUCUUGGAGGGAAAUGAGUACAUUUUCAAAGUCCAGGCAGUAAACAAAUUUGGACUUAGUAUGGGUCUGGAAUCAAUUGCUGUGACUGUCAAAGACCCAUUCGUUCCCCCAGAUUCACCAAGUAGGUUGGAGGUUUCCGAUGUCAAAAAGGAUUCAAUGGUGAUUACCUGGGAGGCUCCUGGAUAUGAUGGUGGCAGUAAUAUUAUUGGAUACAUUAUUGAGAAGCACGAUAAGGAGGGUGUGAGAUGGACCAGAUGCAAUAGGAAGACAGUUACCGACUUAACCUACAAAGUCACCGGACUUAUGGAAAGUCAUAUUUAUGAAUUUAGAGUUCUGGCUGAGAAUGUCUCUGGAGUUGGAGAGCCAAGCUCCCCAACAGUUUUCUACAAGGCUUUGGAUCCAAUCUUCAGACCAGGUGCACCAAUUAAUCCUAAAGUAACUGACAUAAGCAAAACUUCAGUUUUCCUGUCAUGGGGCAAACCUAUAUAUGACGGAGGAUGUGAGAUUCAAGGAUACAUUGUGGAGAAAUGCGAAGUGCCAUCUCCUGCAUCUCUCACUAAGCAAUCCAUCGUUGUGGAACCGGCCACUAAGGCACCAGCUGCUGAGGGAGAGGAAGCACCUGCUGAAAAAAGAGCAGCUGAGGCAACACCUGCUGAGGCAGCACCCGCCGAAGUAGCACCCACCGAGGCAGAGCCCGCCGAAGCAGCACCUGCACACGCAGCACCUUCCAAGGCAGAACCUGCAGAAAAAGGAAGUGCAGAAGGAGCUACAGAGGAAGAACCUGCUGACGUGUGGACAAUCUGUACUCCACCAAGUGGCAUCAAACAAACAAGAUUUGAAGUUAGAAAAUUGGAGGAAAUGCAUUUGUACAAGUUCAGAGUUUGUGCUGUCAACAAGCUUGGUGUUGGAGACCAUGCAGAUGUCUCUGGAAUAAUUCUUGUCGAGGAGAGGAUUGAGGAACCAGAUCUGGACAUUGACCCAGACCUGAGAAAGGUUGUGAACAUUAAGGCUGGAUGUUCCCUCAGGCUGUUCAUUCCUAUCAGAGGGCGACCUCAACCUGAAGUCAAAUGGGGAAAGGAUGAAGGUCCAAUUAAGGAGAAUGCACAAGUUGAAGUGACAAGUAGUUACACGUCCCUUGUGAUUGACAAUGUCAACAGAUUUGACAGUGGAAAAUACACUGUUUCUGCAGAGAACGCCAGUGGUGAAAAAUCUGCUUUAAUUAGCGUUAGAGUUCUUGACACACCUAGUGCCCCAGUCAACCUCAAAGUGAAAGAUAUCACUGGUGAAUCAGUGACACUUACAUGGGAUGCCCCUGUGUUGGAUGGAGGAGCUAAAAUCAGAAACUAUAUUGUUGAGAAGCGGGAAAGCACCAGGAAAGCCUAUGCAGCUGUGGUGACAAACUGCCACAAAUUAUCAUACAAGGUUGAGAACCUUCAAGAGGGUUGCAAUUAUUAUUUCCGAGUCCUUGCUGAAAACGAACAUGGUGUUGGCUUGCCUACAGCAACCAUUGAUCCCAUCAAAGCCUCAGAGGUACCCCAAAUCCCACGAAAACUGAGUGUUGUUGACCAAACCAAGACAAGCAUCUCUCUUGCCUGGGAGAAGCCUGAGCAUGAUGGUGGAAGUAGAAUCAUUCAUUACCUGCUAGAGAUACAACCUAAAGGCUCUGAGAAAUGGUCAGGUGUUGCAACUGUCAGAGCAAUGGAGUCUGUUGUCAACAAUCUAAAUCCGGGUGAAGAAUAUAUUUUCAGAGUGUUUGCUAUCAAUGACAAAGGAAAGAGUGACCCAAGGGAACUUGCACUUCCAGUGACAGCAAAGGACCUUGUUAUCGAGCCUGAUGUUAGACCUGCAUUUAGCAAUUACAGUGUUCGGGUUGGUAAAGACUUCAAGGUUGAAAUCCCGAUCGCAGGACGUCCUAAACCAGCAGUUAAAUGGACAAAGGAUGGAUCAAUCCUACUCCACACCUCAAGGGUUAAAAUCACUAACACUCCAGAUAGCACAACUCUAAGUAUCACAGAGGCUACAGGAGAAGAUGGCGGAAUGUAUGGCAUUAAUGUUACUAAUGUAGUUGGGGAAAAGAAUGCAACAAUUGAAAUCAUUGCUCUUGAUAAACCUGGCCCACCAAGUGGACCUGUAAAGUUUGAUGAAGUUACUAUUAACACUGCAACUAUUUCUUGGGGUCCACCAAAGCAUUCUGGUGGCUGCCAGAUUUCAAAUUACAUUGUUCAGAAAAGAGACACAACCACCACAUCUUGGGAGAAUGUUGCUGCCUCCGUGGCAAGAACUACACUCAAGGUGCAAAGGCUGAAAACUGGGGCUGAAUAUCAAUUCAGAAUCAUUGCUCAAAAUCGAUAUGGCAAGAGUUACGGUUUGGACUCACAUCCUUUGACUAUAAAGUACCCUUACAAAGAACCUGGCCCACCCGGCACUCCAUUCAUUGCAUCUCUCUCCAAGGAAUAUAUGGUUGUGGAGUGGCAUGAACCAGUCGCAGAUGGAGGUAGUUCUGUUCUAGGCUAUCACCUUGAAAGGAAAGAGAGAAACAGCAUCCUCUGGACUAAGCUUAACAAGUCACUCGUUAAAGACACCAUUUACAAAACCGGUCCCUUAGAGGAGGCUGUUGAAUAUGAAUUCAGAGUUUAUGCUGAAAAUAUCGUUGGUAUUGGCAGAUGCAGCAAAAUCUCAGAGGGUUGUGUUGCACGUGAUCCCUGUGAUCCUCCUGGCACCCCAGAGGCUAUCAUUGUAAACAAAGAGUCCAUUACCAUUGAAUGGACAAAGCCAGAAUAUGAUGGAGGAAGUGUGAUUACUGGUUAUGUUGUUGAGAAACGUGACCUUCCAGAGGGACGCUGGAUGAAGGCAAACUUUACCAACGUUAUUGAGACCAGGUUUACUGCUACUGGACUAACUGCUGAUGCACAGUAUGACUUCAGAGUCAUUGCUAAGAAUGCAGUUGGAACAUUCAGCAAGCCAUCUUAUAACAGUGGACCUAUAACAGCAAAUGAUGAGGUGGAAGCGCCAAAAUAUUCUAUUGAUCCUGCGUUCACCAAAACGAUCAUUAUCAAUGCAGGAGACACAUUCAAACUUGAUGCUGAUGUACAUGGAAAGCCAGUACCCACAAUCCAGUGGUUCAAGGAUGAUGUGGAAAUUGAAAAGAAUACAAUGAGAUUGGAGAUCAAAAAUACAGAAAGCGUCGCAAUGAUAGUUGUGAAGGAUUCUGUCAGAGUUGACGGUGGAAAUUACAAACUUGUCCUGACAAAUGUUGCUGGAUCAGAGUCAGUUCCAUUCAAGGUGAAUGUACUAGACAGACCAGGACCACCUGUAGGUUCACUCCAUGUCACUGGAGUCGCUUGUGACAAAUGUACUCUGUCAUGGCGUGCCCCACUACAUGAUGGAGGCAGCAACAUCACACACUACCUCAUUGAGAGGCGUGAAACCAGUCGUCUUGCUUGGACUAUGGUUUCUAACAGCUGUGAGACCACAGUGUAUAAAGUAACUAGUCUCCUGGAGGGCAAUGAGUAUAUUUUCCGUGUCAUGGCUAUCAACAGUUAUGGCAUUGGUGAACAUGUGGAGUCUUCAGCAGUAAUAAUGAAAAAUCCAUUUGUUGUCCCUGGCGCACCACAUGUUAAUGAUGUAACGAACAUUGCCCGGGAUUCCAUGACUGUCUGCUAUUCUGCACCAGAGACCGAUGGGGGAAGUGACAUUACUACUUACAUCAUUGAGAAGAAAGACAGAGCUGGAGUUAAAUGGACCAAAUGCAACAGGCAAAAGGUCACAGACCUAUCUUUCAGAGUAACAGGUCUGACAUCAGAUCAUGAAUAUGAGUUUAGAGUAUCUGCUGAAAAUGCAGCUGGUGUUGGUGAGCCAAGUCUACCAACGUCAUACUUUAAGGCCUGUGAUCCCAAGUACAAACCUGGGGCACCCACACAUGCACAUGUGAUUGAUACCACAAAGAGCUCAAUCACAGUCGCAUGGGGAAAGCCUCUCAGCGAUGGUGGCUGUCCUAUCCAGGGAUACAUUGUAGAGAUUUGCAAAGCUGAGGAGGAGGAAUGGACAAUGUGCACUCCACCAACAGGCCUGCGGGUCAAUAAAUUUGAAAUCACAAAACUUACAGAGGGUCAGGAAUAUCAGAUCCAGGUCUGUGCUAUCAACAAACUGGGUGUUGGUGAACUAGCUGCUGUAUCUGGAACAUCUAAACCAGAGGAGAAGGUAGAGGAUCCAGAAAUUCAACUGGACUCGGAAUUGAGGAAAGGAAUUGUGGUGCGUGCUGGAGGAUCUGUGAGAAUCAAUGUACCAUUCAAAGGCAGACCAACGCCAGAGAUUAAGUGGUGUAAGCUGAAGAAGGUUGAAGAAGUGGAGGAAGAACAAGAAUUGCAAGAGAAAGCAGUGGUUGAGAAAGGUCUCAACUAUACUCAGCUUUCCAUUGACUCUUGUGACAGAAGUGAUUCUGGAAAGUACAAUGUGACUGUGAAGAACAGCAGUGGUACCGUUUCUGAAUUUGUAACUGUGAAAGUGCUAGAUACACCAGGUGCCCCUCUGAAUCUCAAACUGACAGAGAUCAAGAAAGACUCCAUAACUCUUGUUUGGGAUGCCCCUGUUACAGAUGGCGGAGCGAAAAUCAAGAAUUAUGUUGUUGACAAACGUGAAUCAAUCAGGAAAGCUUUUGCAAAUGUAACAACCAAGGUCAACAAAACAACCUACAAAGUUGAAAACCUUGUUGAGGGGGCUAUGUAUUACUUCAGAGUUAUGGCUGAGAAUGAAUAUGGAAUUGGAUCGUCGACUGAAACAAAGCUUGCAACAAAGGCCUCUGAGGUGCCUCUUCCAGUCGGAAAGAUCUUCUUGACUGAUGUUACUAAAGUCAGCGCAUCGUUCGGAUGGGAAAAACCAGAGCAUGAUGGUGGAAGCAGAAUUACCGGUUACCUAGUUGAGAUGCAGCAAAAGGGAGGGGACAAAUGGGGUGUUGCAACAUCCACAAAGGGUGAUUGUCAUGGCACAGUCACUGGACUUACUGCUGGACAGGAGUAUCUGAUCCGUAUCAUAGCUUACAAUGAGAAGGGAAAGAGUGAGCCUAAAGCACUGGCUAUGCCAGUUGUUGCUAAUGACAUGACUAUUGAACCAAGCUUAAAACUCAUGUUCAACACCUACACCGUCAAAGCUGGUGACGAUCUGAUAGUAGAAAUCCCAGUGUUUGGUAGGCCGAAACCCCAAAUUGUUUGGAGGAAAGAGGGUCUGCCAUUGAAAAGAACAACAAGAGUGAAUGUGAUAAACACAGCAACAACUGCUACCAUUAAAAUUACUGAGGCAUGUAAGGACGACUUUGGAAAGUAUACCAUUACGGCAACUAACACAGCUGGCUUAUUCUCUGAAGACAUAGGAAUCACAAUCCUUGACAAACCUGGUCCACCAACCGGACCCAUUAAAGUCCUUGAAGUAAGCAAUAACUCUGUCAGUCUUUCAUGGGGUGCCCCGGAGUACACAGGCGGAUGUCAAGUAAAGCAUUACAAUGUGGAAAAACGAGAUACAACACAAACAGCAUGGCAAAGUGUGAAUGCACAGCUCGCUAGAACAGCUAUCAAAAUAACCAAGCUGAAAACUGGCGCAGAGUACUGUUUCAGAAUCUGUGCUGAGAAUAGAUAUGGAAAGGGCGCUCCUUUGGACACAAAAUCAAUUCUGGUGCAAUAUCCAUACAAAUCCCCAGGACCACCCGGAACUCCAUACAUCAAAUCUGCAACAAAGGAUCAAAUGAUUAUUGAAUGGAAUGAGCCAGUCAAUGAUGGUGGUAGUACGGUUAUUGGAUACCAUCUUGAAUCUAAAGAAAGAACCAGCAUUAUGUGGACGAAACUCAACAAAGCCCUCAUCGCUGAUACCUCUUUCAAGAUAUGUAAUCUUGAGGAGGACAUUGGAUAUGAAUACAGGGUCUAUGCUGAAAACAUUGUUGGCAUUGGCAGAGCAUCGAAAAUAUCAGAAUCAUUCGUUGCUCGAGAUCCAGUUGAUCUACCAGGUACCCCUGAGGCUACUGUUAUCUCCAAGAACCACAUUGUGAUUCAAUGGACUAAGCCAUUGUAUGAUGGAGGCAGUAAGAUCACUGGAUAUAUUGUGGAGCGGAGAGAUCUAGCCAACAUUGAGGGUCGCUGGAUGAGAGCCAACUUCACAAAUGUCAUUGAGACAGAAUUUGCCAUCUCUGGCUUGACAGAAAAUGAACAAUAUGAGUUCAGAGUGAUUGCAAGAAAUGCCGCUGGUAUUUUCAGUGAGCCUUCUGACAGCACUGGACCCAUUACUGCCACAGAUGAGAUUGAAGCACCAAGAGCCUCAAUGGAUCCCAAAUACAAGGAUGUCAUUGUUGUUAAUGCUGGGGACAACUUAGUUUUGGAUGCUGACAUCUAUGGCAAACCCGCUCCUGAGGUCUUAUGGUUGAAGGAAGGAAAGCAAAUGGACAAAGCUCUUCGAAUUGAAGUGAAAACUACACAGAAACGUGCAGCUAUGCAUAUCAAGGACUGCACAAGGUUAGAUAGUGGAAACUAUGACCUCAGUCUCACCAAUAUUGGUGGGGUAAAGACAAUCCCAAUCACUGUGAAGGUCCUUGAUAAACCAGGUGCACCCACUGGACCACUGAGAGUCACUGGACUGACCGCCGACAGAUGCUUCCUAUCUUGGACUGAUCCCUCUCUGGAUGGUGGUGCAGCUAUAAGUCACUAUAUUCUGGAAAAGAGAGAGACCAGUCGGUUAUCCUGGACUGUGGUUAACGCAAAUAUUCAAGCUACAAAUUUCAAAGUGAUCAACCUACUGGAAUUGAACGAAUAUAUUUUCAGGGUUAGGGCUGUGAACAAAUAUGGCAUUGGUGAUCCUUUGGAGUGUGAGGCAGUAACUGCACGCAAUCCAUACAAGCCUCCAAGUGCACCCGGAACACCUGAAGCAAGUAAAAUAACAAAGGAUUCUAUGGUCCUAUCAUGGUCAAAGCCAGAGAACAAUGGUGGAGCAGAAAUUGACUGCUACCAUCUUGAGAAACGUGAUAAAGAUGGUGUAAGGUGGACCAAAUGCAACCGGCAGCCAUUGACUGAUCUACACUUCAAGGUCACUGGGCUUUUGGAUGGUCAUUUCUAUGAAUAUCGUGUUUCUGCAGAGAACGAAACUGGAGUGGGAGAUCUGAGCGAACUCUCCCUGUUCUACAGAGCAUGCAAUGCUACAACAGCACCUGGACCACCACACCAUCCUAAGGUGACAGAUCACACCAGCUCGACUGUGUCCUUGACUUGGGGCAAACCCGCUUCUGACGGUGGAGCAUACAUCAAAGGGUACAUUGUUGAAAUGAGAGAGGUGACAGAAGAGGAGAGGAAAGCAAUGGAAGAGGAAAAGAAAAGGAAAGACGCAGCAGCAGCAGAAGAAGAGUUUUUGGAAGAAGAGGAGGAAGUGGAAGCAGCAGCAGUAGAAGAGUUAAAAGAACCUCCUAAGGAGUAUGAAUGGACCAUUUGUACACCCCCAACUGGCAUCCAAGCGACACACCUCACUAUUAAGGACUUGAAGGCAGGACUAGAAUACAAAUUCCGUGUCUGUGCUAUCAAUUCAGAGGGAGUUGGUGAACCUGCAGAUAUCCAUGGCACUGUGAUUGCUGCAGAAAGAGUUGAGGCACCAGAGAUUGAACUGGAUGCCAACCUCAGGAAGGUUGUCUCUGUCCGUGCAGGUGGAUCUCUGCGUCUGUUUGUCACAAUCAGAGGAAGACCUGAACCUGAAGUUAAAUGGGCAAAGUUGGACGGCGAGCUGACAGAACGUGUCAUGAUAGAAUCCACAAGCUCAUAUACUAUGCUUGUAAUUGACAAUGUAAACCGAUUCGACAGUGGCAAAUAUACAUUGAACCUUGAGAAUAACACUGGUGAAAAAUCUGCACUUAUCAACGUCAGAGUGUUGGACACACCAAGUGCUCCACAGGCCUUUGCAGUCAAAGAUAUCAAAAAAGAUUCUGUGAAUCUUGUUUGGGAAACACCACUCACAGACGGUGGAUCAAAAAUAACCAAUUACAUUGUGGAGAAGCGAGAGUCCACCAGAAAGGCUUACACUGCCGUGACAACUAACUGCUUAUCUAAUUCCUUCAAGAUUGAUGAGUUGCCAGAGGGAUGCAUUUUCUACUUCCGUGUAUGUGCUGUAAAUGAGUAUGGCAUUGGGUUGAUGGCUGAAACCAAAAACCCAAUUAAAGUUUCUGAAGUGCCUAUGCCACCACGAAAUGUCAGAGUUACAGAUCUCACGAAAAACAGUGUAUCACUUGCCUGGGAAAAGCCAGCUCAUGAUGGUGGAAGCAAAGUAAUGUGCUACAACGUUGAGGUGCAAGGUAAGGAUGACAAGGGUACCCAGAAGUGGAAUACUUCAUGCACAGUCAAAAUCCUAGAAACAACUAUUGCAAACCUAGUAGCAGGUGACGCAUAUUCAUUCAGAGUCAUUGCAAUCAACGAGAAGGGAAAGAGUGUACCAAAGGAACUUGGUCUACCUGUGACAACAAAAGAUAUUGCUAUUGAACCCUCAAUUGAGGUGUUAUUCAACACUUACAGUGUGAAGGCUGGAGGUGAUCUUACAGUUGAAAUCCCAGUUAGGGGCCGACCUAAACCUGUUAUUGCAUGGAAACAUCAUGGCCUUCCUUUGAAGCAAACAAGCUCAUUGACAAUUCUGAAUACCAAGACCUCAUCCAAAAUUAUUAUAAAGGAGGCGGGCAGAGAACAUGUCGGAAAAUAUGAAAUCACUGCCGCAAACCCAGGUGGAAUGAAAAUAGCAGAGAUUGGAAUUAUUGUCCUUGACAAACCUGGUCAACCAACUGCUAUCAAACCAACUGCUGUAACUUCAGACAGUAUUUCAUUGUCAUGGGCUCCACCAGAGUAUGAUGGUGGUUGCUGCAUCAACAACUACAUUGUAGAGAAAAGAGAUACAAACGCAACAGAUUGGCAAAUGGUCUCAUCAAAUGUUGCAACAACAGCAAUUAAAGCCUCCCGAUUGACAAAGGGUGCUGAAUACCAGUUCCGUAUCUAUGCUGUAAAUCGUUAUGGAAAGAGUCAACAUACAGAUUCCCGUGGAAUUACAGCCCAGUAUAACUUCAAGCUACCUGGCCCACCAUCGACUCCUAAAGUGGUACAUGCAACCAAGAUUUACAUGCUUGUCACAUGGAAUGAGCCAGUCAACGACGGAGGCAGCACAGUUCUUGGAUAUCAUUUGGAGCGAAAGGAGAGAACCAGCAUCAUCUGGAACAAGAUGAAUAGAGGUCUCAUCAAAGAUACAGAAUACAAAGUGACUGGCAUUGAAGAGGGCAUGGGGUACGAAUACCGCGUUUACGCUGAAAACAUUGCUGGAAUUGGAAAAUGCAGCAAAGCAUGUGAGGCUGUUUCUGCAAGAGAUCCAUGCGAUCCCCCUGGCGAGCCAACAGUGACAGGUAUCACAAGAACAUCAGUAUCCCUCGCUUGGACGAAGCCAGAGUACGAUGGUGGAGCCAAGGUUACUGGUUACAUUAUUGAACGCAGAGAUCUCCCAGAAGGCCGCUGGAUGAGGUGUAACUUCACCAACGUGGUGGAAACCUACUAUGACGUCACAGGCCUUACCAAGGACCAGCAGUAUGACUUCCGUGUCAUUGCAAAGAAUGCUGCUGGAUGCUUCAGUGACCCAUCUUAUUCCACUGGUUCAAUCACAGUCAAGGAUGAUGUGGAUCCACCACGUAUCAUGAUGGACGUGAAGUACAGAGCUGUUGUCGUUGUGAAAGCAGGAGAUGUUCUUAAAAUCAAUGCAGAUAUCGCUGGUCGUCCACUGCCAGUAACAUCAUGGAAAAAAGAUGGCAAAGAGAUCGAGCUCAGGGCCAGAAUUCUGAUUCUUGCAACAGAUACCAGCACCUCAGUAAUUGUGAAGGACUGCAUAAGGCGUGAUUCUGGACAAUAUACUUUAACUCUGCAAAAUAUUGCCGGAACAGUAUCUACACCAGUGGACGUUGUGAUCCUGGAUAAGCCAGGACCUCCCGCUGGCCCCCUGGCGACUACAGGCAUUACAGCUGAAGAUGUCACCUUAGCAUGGGGUCCUCCUCAAGAAGCAGGCGGUGCAGAUAUCACACACUACGUUGUUGAGAAACGUGAAACAAGCCGUCUUGCUUGGACAGUGGUGAAUGCAGAUCUGAACAGGACACAUUUCAAGGUCACAAAUCUCCUCAAGGGUAAUGAAUACAUGUUCAGGGUCAUGGCCGUCAAUAAGUAUGGACUUGGCGAGGCCCUUGAGAGUGAGGUCGUCAAAGUGGCUGAUCCAUUCACAAAACCAUCUGCUCCCACAAAUUGUGAGAUCACGGAGGUAUCCAGUGAGGAGAUGAAACUUGUCUGGCAGAAACCCGUUUCAGAUGGAGGCAGUGAAAUUACUGGAUAUGUAAUUGAAAGGCGCGACACGGCAGGUCUACUCUGGGUCCGUGUGAACAGAGAGCUUGUGACUGAAUUGGCAACCAUAGCAACUAAACUACGAAAAGGAUAUGAAUAUGUGUUCCGCGUGUUUGCUGAAAACGCUGCUGGUUUGAGUCCUCCAAGUGAAGCAUGCCCAUCGUUUAGGGCUGAAGAUGAACAGGUCGAGCCAGACCCACCAAGUAAACCAAAGGUUGUUGAUUCAACCAAGAGUUCAAUCUCCAUCAUUUGGAACAAGCCACUAGAAGAUGGUGGAGCUCCCAUCCUUGGAUACAGUGUGGAGUAUAAGAAAAUGAAGGACGAGGAAUGGACAGUGGCCAUUCAGAACAUAAAGAGCAUGGAGUUCACUGUCUCUGGACUUACAGCAGAUGAAGAAUAUGAGUUUGCUGUUAAGGCAAUAAACAAGAUUGGUGAAAGCGAGCAAAGUCCAAUUUCUGAGCCUAUCGCAGCAAUGGAUAGAACUGUGGAGCCUAUGUUUGAUGUUGACAUAGAAAUGCGCAAGACAUUGAUUGUCAAGCAUGGCAACUCAUUCACUCUGACUGUACCUUAUAAGGGAAAACCUGCACCAUCAGUAGAAUGGAGCAAGGAGGAAGUAGACCUCAAGGCAAGAGCAACCAUUGAAACAAAUCACAGCUGCACUUCACUAACAAUUGAAACGGCAACAAGAAAUGACUCUGGACAGUACACUGUAACAUUAGAGAAUGGCAUUGGAGACCCAGUAACAUUACCAAUAGUUGUAAAGGUUCUUGACUCUCCUGGACCACCACUUAAUGUAGUUGUUAAGGAUGUCACCAAAGACACUGCUACCGUUACAUGGGAAGCUCCAGAAAAUGAUGGAGGUGAUGUUGUGAAGGCUUACCAUGUUGAGAAACGUGAAGCCAGCAAAAAGGCAUGGGUGUGUGUGACUAACAACUGCCACGCGUUGUCCUACAAAGUGGAAGAUUUACAAGAGGGAGCCUUCUAUUACUUCAGAGUCAUGGGAGAAAACGAAUUCGGAGUGGGUGUAGCUGCUAUCCCCAAGAAUGGAACAAAGAUUACAGAAAAACCAAGUCCACCUCAAAAGCUUGGGGCUAUUGCGGUAACCAAGGACAGUGUUACAAUCGGAUGGAUGAGACCAGAACACGAUGGUGGAAGCAGAGUAACUCAGUACUUCAUUGAAGCACUUGAGAAAGGACAACCCAAAUGGUCGAAGGUUACUCUUGUGAACACAACUUCCUUCCAAAUCAAAAACUUGAAGGAAAAUGCUGAAUACUUCUUCAGAGUUAGUGCUCAGAAUCAUGCUGGACUCGGCGAACCCAAAGAGAUGAUCGUUCCUGUUGUAGUGAAAGAUCAACUGGAGGCCCCAGAUUUUGACAUGAAGAACUACCCCAGCAAUACUGUCUAUGUGAGAUCAGGAUCAAAUCUGACCUUUGAGCUUCCUAUGACCAGCAAACCUUUGGCAAAGGUUAUUCUAUCAAGAAACACUGUUAUUCUGAAACCAUCCAAGAGAUUGGUCACUCAAGUUACUGCUGAAAGCCUGAUCAUCAAACUGAACGAGAGCAUUGCAAGUGAUGCUGGCAGAUAUGACAUCAUCGCCUCCAAUACAAGUGGUAUCACCAAGAUGUUCAUCAACAUCGUUGUGUUGGAUAGACCUGGUCCUCCAACUGGCCCUAUUGAGGUUGGUGAAGUGACUGAAUCCACAGUGGCUCUCAAAUGGGCUCCUCCUGUGUAUGAUGGUGGCAGCCCAGUUACCAACUACGUUGUACUGAGACGUGAAACAAGCACACCUGCUUGGACUGAAGUGUCUUCUCAGGUUGCGAGAAGUGCCAUAAAGGCCGGCAAGCUUACCAAAGGAGAGGAAUAUCAGUUCAGAAUCAAGGCAGAGAAUCGCUUUGGUAUCAGUGACCACAUUGACACCCCACCAAUCACAGUGAAGCUUCCAUACACAUUCCCUGGCCCUCCAUCAACACCAUGGGUAACCAUGGUUUCAAGAGAGAGCAUUACAGUCAACUGGAACGAGCCUGUCACAGAUGGAGGAAACACUGUCACGGGCUACCACCUGCAGAUGAAAGAGAGAAGCAGUAUUCUGUGGCAAAAGGUCAACAAAGUAGCAAUCAUUGGAACACAGCUGAGAGUAACAAACAUCUGCCCUGGCCUCAUCUACGAAUUCAAGGUGACAGCAGAAAAUGCAGCUGGUAUUGGAAAAAUCAGCAAAAUAUCAGAAGAGGUGCUCGCCAUUGAUAACUGCGAGCCCCCGGCAGCUGUAAGAGUCUCCGAGAUCACAAAGAACUCCAUCAGUCUGGCCUGGGUUAGGCCGCCUUAUGAUGGUGGCAGCAAGAUCACUGGAUACAUGGUGGAGAGGAAGGACUGCCCAGAUGGCAGAUGGACAAGGGCCAACUUCACUAACGUGAUUGAGAUGAACUUCACAAUGUCAUGCUUGACCCAGAAUGAAUCCUAUGAGUUCAGAGUUUACGCAAAGAACGCAAUCGGUUCUAUCAGCAAUCCAUCUGAUGUCGUCGGUCCAAUCACUUGUGUCGAUUCAUGUGGUGCCCCUGCGAUCGAUCUUCCUCCAGAGUAUUUAGAUGUUGUGAAAUACAAAGCCGGAUCCAUGGUUAAGAUCAGAGUGGGAAUUCUUGCCAAGCCUCUGCCAACAAUUGAGUGGUACAAGGAUGGAAAAGAAAUGGUGUCAAGCACUACACUAUCCAUCGAGAGCACUACUGAUUGCUCUAGUCUUCUCAUCAAGGACGCAACUCGUAGCCACACUGGCACAUAUGAAAUAAAGAUUAAAAACGCUCUGGGCUCGGCAUCUGCCACCAUCAGGAUAGAAGUUCUAGACAAACCUGGACCACCUCCUGGCUUGAUUCAGUUUAUGCUAGUCACAGCAGACAAGAUCAUUCUUAAGUGGGAGCCAAUCACUGAUGAGGGUGGUGCUAAGGUCAGCCAUUAUGUUGUGGAGAAACGUGAAACCAGCAGAGUGGUAUGGUCUACCGUGUCUGAGAGACUAGAAGAGUGCUACAUAGGUGUCAUGAAGUUGGUACGAGGAAAUGAGUACAUUUUCCGUGUGAGGGGUGUCAACAAGUUCGGAAAUGGAGAGCCCUUGGACUCUGAGCCUGUUAUUGCCAAAAAUUUAUUUGUUACCCCAGGACAGCCUGCCACACCAGAGGUAACAACUAUAACCAAAUCAACAAUGGUAGUUGUAUGGGACAAACCAGGUGUGGAUGGCGGUAGUCAAGUAACUGGCUACUACCUUGAGAGACGUGACAAGAAGAGCCUUCGCUGGAUAAAGGUCUUGAAAGAUCCGAUUAACAACACCACUACGACUAUCUUUAACCUAACAGAAGGCAAUGAAUAUCAAUACCGUGUGUGUGCCAUCAACAAAGCCGGAGAGGGCCCCUUCUCAGAUGUGUCUGACUACUACAAAGCAGCUGAUCCAGUUGAACCACCAUAUGAACCUACCAAGCUCAAAGUGGUUGACUCAACCAAGACAUCUAUCACCCUUGGAUGGGCCAAGCCAGAGUGGGACGGAGGCAGUGAGAUCCUCAGCUACGUUGUUGAACAGCUGACGGACGUGGAGGGUCUACGACGCAAACCACCCAAAGAAGAAUCAUCUGAAUCAGAAGGAGAAGAAGAGGAGGAAGAAGAAGCAGACAAUGGAGAAUGGAUUGUAAUCAGCCAGAAGGGAGAAGUGAGGACAGCAGAGUACGUUGUUUCCGGCCUAACACCAGAUGUUGACUACUACUUCCGUGUAUCUGCAGUCAACAUCGCAGGGCGUGGAGAGGCCAUUAAGAUGAAAGAGCCCGUUCAUGCUAAGGAUAUUCUGGAGGAAGCUAUCUUCGAUCCAGAUGUUGCCAUGAGAACUCACUACAUCGUAAAAGCCAAGCAGGAUGUGGAGAUCACAGUGCCCCUCAAGGGCAGACCUGCACCUAGUGCUACUUGGAUGUUCGGAGACGAGAACAUCGACAAUAAUAAAAAAUAUGAAAUCCACCACACAGAUACUACAUCAACCCUUGUUAUUCCAGAAGUCAGCCGUAAUGACACUGGUAGGUACACUGUGAAGAUUGAAAACGGUGUAGGAGAGCCAAAGUCAAUGACACUGUCUGUGAAGGUUCAAGACUCACCAGCUGUCUGCACGAACCUGGUGUUGAAGGAUGUCACUCGUGGUAAAGUAACCAUGUGCUGGGAAGAACCUGAACUUGAUGGUGGUGCUGAUAUUACCAAUUACAUCAUUGAAAAGAGAGACUCAUCCAAGAGAUCCUACUCUAGUGUGACAACCAAAUGCACAGAACAAUUUUAUACCAUUGAAGAUCUCUCAGAGAAAACAUCCUUCUUCUUCCGUGUAUCAGCAGAGAAUGAAUUUGGAAUAAGUGAUCCUUGCAGCACAGUUGAACCAGUAAAAGCUACAGAAACUCCUGGUCCAGUCAAAGAAGUUUCUAUGAAGGAUGCCUCAAAGACCUCUGUAACACUGCAGUGGGUGAAGCCUGAUUAUGAUGGUGGAAGCAUCAUAUCUGACUACGUCAUUGAGAAGAGACUCAAGGGUGAAGAGGACUGGGCAGCUGCCGGCUGCAGCAAACAAUGUGAACACGAAGUACCAAAACUCAAAGAAACCUCACAAAUGAAUUUCAGAGUUGCCGCCAGAAAUGAAAAGGGGAAGGGUGACUUCACUGAAAUUGGACCAAUUGAAGUGAAGGACUUUGUCAUCCCACCAGAGGCCAACCUGGAUGAGUAUCCAGGUGGGGAAAUCAGUGUCCGUGUGGGCCAUAAUGUACACAUUGAAUUGCCCUAUAAGGGUAAACCCAGACCUGCCACGUAUUGGCUUAAGGACAAUAUGCCACUGAAGGAGAGCGAACUAGUACGCUUCAGGAAAACAGACAACAAAGUUGUUCUCAUGAUCAAGAAUGUGAGACCAGAGCAUGGUGGGAAAUACACACUUACUCUUGAUAACAGGGUGUACAGAAAAUCCUUCAACGUUUUUGUCAUAACUCGCGGACCACCAUCAAAGCCUGUCGCACCCAUCAACUUUGAUGAGGUCAGAGCAGACAGUGUCACAAUAUCCUGGGAGGAGCCAAAUGAUUACGGAGGUGGAGAAAUCACUUGCUACUCUGUAGAGAAGCGCGACACAUCUCAGAAUGACUGGAAGAUGGCAUGCUCUAGUGUCACUGACACAACAUUCAAGGUGCCCAACUUGAUCAAGGGAAUAGGGUACCAGUUCAGAGUGCGUGCUGAGAAUAUAUAUGGAGUCAGUGAGCCGCUGGUGUCACCAAGCGUUGUCGCUAAACACCAGUUCAGGCCUGCAGGUCCACCAGGAAAGCCUGUUGUGUACAACGUCACCAACGACGGAAUGACAAUUCAGUGGGAGCUGCCCGUCUUCAAUGGUGGCUGUCCAGUCAAGGGCUACCAUGUUGAGAAGAAGGAGAAGAACAGUGUCAUGUGGCAGAAGGUCAACACUGUGGCUAUCGCUGGAACAGACUACAGAAUUCUUGGCCUUAUUGAAGGACUGGAAUAUCAAUUCAGAGUCUACGCUCAGAAUGAUGCCGGAUUCAGCCGCAAGAGUGACGAAAGCAACACCACCAUGGCAGUUUCUCCAGUUGAUCCACCUGGUCAACCUGACUACACUGAUGUGACCAGCAAUUCUGUCGCCCUGAAAUGGGACGCACCCAAACGUGAUGGCGGCAGCAAGAUUGUGGCUUACAAUGUUGAAAAACGCCAAGGACAGGGCCGCUGGCUGAAGAGCAACUUCACUGAUGUCCACGACACCCAGUUUACUGUCACUGGUCUUGCUUGCAAUGAACGCUAUGAGUUCAGAAUUAUUGCAAGAAAUGCUAUUGGCGUAGUGAGUCCCCCAUCCAACUCAUCUGGACACAUCGUGGUCAGAGAUGAAAGUGCUUCUCCAAACAUUGAGUUUGGCGCAGAGUAUUUUGAGGGACUCACAAUCAAGGCAGGAGACAAUAUGAGACUAAAAGUAUCGAUCACUGGACGACCACAGCCCAAGGUUGUGUGGUUCAGAGACGGCGUGCAAAUCACCAAGUCGAUGAUGGACACCACCACAGUUGCUGGAUCAAGCAUGCUCUUUGUACGUGAUGCUGACCGCAGUCACAAAGGAACUUACACAGUGGAAGCCACCAAUAGCCAAGGAACCAAGAAGGAGGACAUCAUUGUCCAAGUCCAUGAUACUCCUGGAGAGCCGGUGGGACCUAUCAUUUUCAGUGAUAUCUCUGAAGGAAAAGUGACCCUCACAUGGAAUCCACCGGAGAACGACGGCUGCUCUGACAUCUCUCACUACAUUGUUGAGAAGCGUGAGACCUCUAAGAUCUCAUGGGCACUUGUCUCGGAUUGCUGUAAAGAAACAGUAUACCACGCCACCAAGCUGAUGAAGACCAAUGAGUACCAGUUCCGUGUUUCUGCUGUCAACAGGUUUGGUACCGGCCGACCAUUGGAUUCAAGUCCCAUCAUUGCACAAAUGCAAUAUACUACUCCUGAUGCACCUGGCACACCUGAUUCCACUGCAGUUUCUGGAGACAGUAUCACACUGGCAUGGGAAGCACCCACAUCUGAUGGAGGAAAUCCUAUUCAGUACUACAUUGUUGAAAAACGUGAGAAGAAGACUGUCCGCUGGGACAAGGUGAGGUCAAAGAAGCCCAUUGUGGAGCCUGCUCACCGGGUGGAUCAUCUCACUGAAGAUAUGGAGUAUGAGUUCCGUGUGAUGGCAGUAAACAACGCCGGUAUCGGAGCACCGAGUAACAUCUCAAUGGCCAUUAAAGCCAGCGAGCCAAAAGAUAUUGCAUGCGCUUCAUCUGUGGUUCAUGUAACCGACUCUACAGAUACAACUAUCAGUUUGGAAUGGACCAAGCCUAAAGAUGAUGGUGGCAGUCCCAUCCAUGGAUACGUCAUUGAGUUGCACAAGGUAUCUGAGGGAGAACUAAAAGAAAUACUAGCUAAACCUAAGAAGGUGGUAGACAGCUCAGAAGAGGAGGAGGAGGAGGAGGAGGAAGUGAAAGAAGAGGAUACCAGAGAAUGGAUCAGAAUCAAUGAGGAUCUGGUCAAUGAUACAAAAUACGUUGCAACUGGUUUGGAAACUGGUUCAUACUACCUGCUUCGUGUUUCUGCCCAGAAUAGUAUUGGAAAGGGAGAGGAGCAAGAGAUUCCUGAGCCAGUACAGGCUGUGGACAGACACGUAAAACCUGACGUUGAUAUUGACGCUACCUUCAAACAUACACACAUUGUGAAGAAGGGAGGCACCGUCUGUCUCCGUAUCGCCUAUAAAGGAAAACCAACUCCUUCAGUUAAAUGGAGUAAAGAAGAUGAAGAAGAACUUGGUGUCAUGACAGAUAUUACUACUACAGAGACCUACACUGCUCUAACGAUAGAAAAGUGUACCAGAUACGAUUCUGGAAGAUACACUCUUACUCUGGAGAACAGCAGUGGCGUAAGGGAAGUUGAUUUCAUUGUAAAGGUAUUGGAUACACCUGGACUUCCAGGACCUAUUGCCUUUGCAGAAGUGUCCAGAGGAGCACUGACACUGGUUUGGGAACCUCCAGCUAAUGAAGGUGGAGCUCGCGUUCAACAUUACAUUGUAGAGAGGCGUGAGGCAAGUCGUCGUACCUGGAACCAAUCCGGUGGCAAGGUCACUGCGCUAUCCUUACAUAUCCAGGAUCUUCUGGAAGGUGUUCCCUACUUUUUCAGAGUCUCAGGAGAGAACCAGUACGGUAUUGGUGAACCUUUUGAGACGAUAGAUCCCAUUAUUGCUACUGCAGAGCCUUCUUCACCAAUGAGAUUGGAUGUUGUGGACGUCACAGACACUACAGCAACACUCUCCUGGGUCAAACCCGAGCACGACGGUGGUAGUCGUAUCACAGGCUACAUCAUUGAGCAUAAGGCAAAGACCACAGAUAAAUGGGUCGUUGGUGGUGAGACCAAGAACGAGAGCAUCACUCUAGAAUUAUGUAGGACUGCAGAGUAUGAGUUCCGCGUUAAGGCAAAGAACGAUGCAGGCAACAGCUUACCAAGAGAAGCACUAUCCUCAGUGGUAAUCAAAGAGCCACAGAUUGAACCAACUGCAGAUCUCAGUGAAAUAUCUAACCAGGAGGUCAUCUGUAAAGUGGGUAAUACCUUCACCAUCGAUGUGCCCAUCACUGGUAGACCAGCACCGAAGGUAAUCUGGAAACUGGAGGAGAUGAGGCUGAAAGAUACUGAAAGGGUUGCAAUCAAGACUGUCAAAGACAGAACAACCCUGUCUGUCAGAGACGCCAUGAGGGGCGAUGGUGGCAGAUACUUCCUCAGUCUGGAAAAUUCUGCUGGAUCCAAGACGUUCUUCGUUACUGUCAAUGUCAUUGGAAGACCUGGUCCCCCCGUUGGACCCGUUGAAGUUUCAUCCAUAACAUCAGAAUCAUGUGAGAUUGCUUGGGAAGCACCAGAGGAUGACGGUGGAACAGAUAUCACCAACUACAUCGUUGAGAAGCGUGAAUCUGGCUCCACUGCCUGGACACUCAUCAACUCCAGUGUGAAACGCACCAACCUCAGUGUGGGACAUCUGACAAAGUACAUGCAAUACACCUUCCGCGUCAGUGCUGAGAACAGAUUUGGCACAAGCAAAUCAACUGAAUCUGAGACCAUUGUCGCUGAGAAUCCAUUCGGUCCUGCUGGUGCACCAACCAGACCUUCUGUAUACAACGUGGCUUCCACCACCUGCCACAUUCGCUGGGAGGAGCCAUACCACGAUGGUGGUAGCAAGGUGACUGGAUACUGGAUUGAAAAGAAAGAACGAAACAACAUCCUUUGGGUGAGGGAGAACAAGAUCCCAUGCUUUGAAUGUGACUACAGAGUAGAGGGACUUAUUGAAGGCCUUUCGUACCAGUUCCGUGUCUUUGCAAUGAACAGUGGUGGCCUCGGCAAAGCUAGCGAGGCAUCCAAGCCUAUGGUGGCUCAAAAUCCAGUUGAUCCUCCUGGUAGACCAGAAGUAACUGAGGUGGGCAGAUCUACAGUGUCCAUCAAAUGGUCUACACCACUUGACGAUGGUGGCUUCCCAAUUGUGGGUUACAUUGUUGAGCGCAAGCCAUACACCAUCACUGGCGAAGGUCGCUGGCUGAAGUGUAACUACACCAAUGUCACAGAAAAUAACUUCUCGAUCACUGCACUUGGUGAAGGAGAGGUCUACGAGUUCCGAGUCAUUGCCAAGAACUCCAACCAAGUUUUCAGUAUGCCUUCAGAGUCAACCGGCGCAGUCACAUGCAAAGCAGAAUACACUCCUCCAAAGGCAGACCUCGACAGCAAACUUCUGGUUGACACGGUUACAAUCAGAGCCGGCUCAGACCUUGUUCUGGAUGCUGCUGUUGGUGGUAAACCUGACCCCAAAGUGUUCUGGGCCAAGGGAGAUAAGGAACUGGAGCUGUGUGAGAAGUACUCCCUGCAGUACACCAGCACACGUGCCAUGGCCAUUAUCAAAUUCUGUGACAGAGAUGAUACCGGGAAGUACGUUCUCACUGUAAAGAACGCCAGUGGCAUCAAGUCAGCCGAAGUUAACGUACAAGUACUUGAUACACCUGGUGCUCCUGACGGCAAAAUCACCAUCAGCCAUAUUUCUGAAGAGAAAUGCACUGUGUCUUGGAAACCCUCUCUGGAGAGUGGUGGUGACCCGGUGACACAUUACAUUGUUGAGAGACGCGACACCAACAGACUCAACUGGGUGAUCAUGGAAGCUGAGUGCAAGGAACACACCUGUGAGAUCACUAGACUGUUCAAGAACACUGAGUACCUCUUCCGCGUGAGAGGUGUCAACAAGUAUGGAUCCGGCGUUCCACUGCAAUCUGGUCCUAUCAUCGCCAGAAACAUGUUCACUGUCCCAUCUGCUCCUGGCACACCAGAGAUUCUUGCUGUAGGAAAAGAUUUUGCUAGCAUUGAAUGGCUAAAACCAGAGAGCGAUGGUGGCAGUCCUAUAACUGGCUAUCUGAUUGAGAAACAUGAAAAGAAGAGUGCCAGAUGGAUCAAGGUGAACAGAGAUGCCACACUUAUGGACACAAGCUUCAAGAUAACUGGCCUUGUGGAGGGCAACAUCUACCAGUUCCGUGUAUCAGCUGUCAACAAGGCUGGUGAGAGUGAACCCAGUGAGCUGUCUCUCUAUGCUGUCUGCAGAACACCAACAAGUACUCCUCCACCUCCCACAAUUCCACGUAUUAUCGAUACUACCAAGGACAGUGUCAGCCUUGCUUGGACCAGACCCUUGGAGGACGGAGGUUCUGAUAUAAUCGGAUACGUUCUGGAGAUGCAAGACCAGGAGGAGGGAGCUGAGAAGCCGCCUGAGCCAAAACCUGAGAAGGUACCUGAGAAAGUAGUUUCGAAGGGAGCCAGUCUAGGAGCCAAGAAAACAGUUGUGUUUGUGGAGGAAGAGUCGGAGGAGGAGGAAGGCGAUGAGGAAGAGGAGGAGGAGGAAGAGGAAGGUACAGGUGUGUGGGUUAAGGCCCAUGAGAAGAACCUGAGACUCACAGAACACGUUGUGACUGGCCUUACAACUGGCAAGAUGUACCGCUUCAGAGUGGCUGCAGUUAACUUCAAUGGAGUCGGUGAAUUUAGUAGAGCCUGCGCAGCAGUCGAGGUUAUCGAGAAAAUUGAAACUCCUGAUAUUGAGCUUCAUGAUGAUAUGACAAAGACCAUCUGCCUGAGAGCCGGAGGUUCUCUUCGUCUCUUUGCCACAGUCAUUGGACGACCAAUCCCUGCAGUUACCUGGAGCAAACCUGGUGUCGACCUCAACAACCGUGGCUUCAUUGAAGUCACUAAAACUUCCACACAAAUCAUUAUUGACAAAGUGCACCGCUAUGAUGCUGGCAAAUAUACCAUUGAGGCAAAGAAUGAAUCUGGCGAAAAGACAGCUACCAUUAUUGUCAAGGUCUAUGAUACACCUGGUCCAACUGGCCCAAUUAAGAUCAAGGAACUUGAGAAGGACUCCAUUACCAUUGCAUGGGAUCCUCCUACUGUUGAUGGUGGAGCACCAGUGAAUAAUUACAUAAUUGAGAGACGCGAAGCAUCAAUGAGAGCUUACAAGACUGUGACAUCCAAAUGCAGCAAGACAUCAUACAAAAUCGACGGACUCUUCGAGGGAAUGCUGUAUUACUUCAGAGUCCUCCCAGAAAACCUGUACGGUGUGGGAGAGCCAUGUGAAACCCCUGAUGUAAUUUUGGUGUGCGAGGUGCCUUUGCCCCCUGCGACACUGGAGGUUGUGGAUAUCACCAAGACCACAGUAACACUUGGAUGGGAGAAACCAGAGCAUGACGGUGGAAGCAGACUCACAGGCUACAUCAUUGAAGCUUGUAAAUUUGGCACAGACAAAUGGAUGAAGGUGACAACAGUGAAGACAACUGACUUUGAGUUCACUAUGACUUCUUUGACUGAGAAAGAUCAGUUUAUGUUCAGAGUCAGAGCUGUUAACAGCAGGGGAGCCAGUGCACCAAAGGAGCUUGUUGCAGCCGUAACAGUCCAAGAACAAAGAGUUCUGCCAAAGGUUGAUCUAUCUAGUAUCCCACAGAAGUUUGUCAAUGUGUUGGCUGGUAAACCACUUGAGCUGCACUUGCCAAUAGUCGGUAGACCCCCACCAGUUUGCUCAUGGUACUUCAGUGGUCAGAAGCUGAAGAUCACUCAGCGUACGAAGAUUCAGACCACUGGAAAGUUCUCUAAGCUAACCGUGCUUGAUACUUCCAUCGACGACAGCGGUAACUACACUCUUGAAGUGAAGAACGUCACAGGAGAGACAUCUGAGAUCAUUAAAGUGAUCAUUCUUGACAAACCUGAUGAGCCUAAAGGACCAGUCAGGUUUGAUGGGGUUGAUGCCACCUCAGUGACCAUCAGCUGGGAUCCUCCAGAGAGAAACGGAGGUGCCCCUGUCAGCGGCUAUGUUGUUGAGCAGCGUGAAGCCCACCGUCCUGGAUGGCUGCCAGUAUCUGACUCAGUCAGUAGACCAACAUUCACCUUCGUCAAACUGACAGAAGGAGAUGAAUACAUGUUCCGUGCCGCAGCAGUCAAUCGCUACGGUGUUGGUAACUGGCUGCAGUCUGAAGUUGUGAUGUGCAAGAGCGCAACGAACAUCCCUGGACCUCCAGGCAGACCAGCAGUAUUUGACAUGUCUCGUGAUGGCAUGACCAUUGCAUGGCUGGAACCAGAGGAUGAUGGUGGAUCUGAGGUGUCUGGAUACAUCAUUGAGCGCAAGGAGGUCAGAUCUGACAGAUGGGUGCGUUCUAACAAGAACCCAGUCACCAUGACCAGAUACAGAUCAACAGGUCUGAUAGAAGGCCUUGAGUAUGAACAUAGAGUAACGGCAAUCAACGCUAGAGGUGUUGGCAAACCAAGUGUUGUCUCCUUAACAGCAGUGGCAACUGAUCCCGUUGAUCCACCUGGCUCACCCCAGAACCCAAGAGUCACAGACACCACAAAAUCAUCAGUGUCCCUGGCCUGGAGUCCUCCUGAUGAGGAAGGUGGAUGUAAGGUCUCAGGUUAUCUGAUUGAGAUGCAGAAAGCAGGCUCAGUCACCUGGAUCAAAUGUAACACAACACCUUCUCUGAUCUGUGAAUACACACUCACCAAAAUGCCGCAAGGAGAGGAGUUCAAGUUCCGUGUGAUGGCUUGCAACGCCGGUGGACCCGGAGAACCCGCUGAGGUCCCUGGAACAGUCACUGUGACGGAAAUGCUUGAAAAACCUGAUCAUGAGCUGGAAGCCAAGUACAAGGAUGUCUUUGUCGUCAGAUAUGGCAGUGUUGUCAAACUCUCAGUGCCCAUCAAGGGUAAACCAGUUCCUACAUGCAAGUGGACAAAGGAAGGCGCUGACGUGCCUGAGAGAGCAAUGAUCGCUUCCAAUGACGACUGCACUGAGCUGGUAAUCAAGGGUGCAGUAAGAGACGACUCUGGCACUUAUGACCUACUGCUUGAGAACAAGUGUGGCAAGAAGAGCGUUCACAUCAAGGUGAAGGUUAUUGGCCGUCCAACUGCUCCAGAGGGACCACUUGGAUACGAAGACGUUCAGGCACAAUCUGUUAAGUUGACAUGGAAGGCUCCUUCAGAUGAUGGUGGCUCUGAAAUCCUUGGAUACAUUGUUGAGAGACAGCAGGUCCCCAAGACAGCCUGGUACACUGUAGAAACCAGGGUGGUGGACACAUCUUUCGUUGUGAAGGGACUCGAGGAGGGACAAGAGUAUCACUUCAAGGUGACAGCUGAAAACACAUUCGGUAUCAGUGGAUCGCUGAAGUCAACAGAACCCCUCAUACCGAAGACUCCUCUCUGUCCCCCAGAGACAUCAAGCAUCCCACCAGAGGUUAUGGAUGUCACUAAGAGCUCUGCCUCUCUGUCUUGGUCAAGACCUAAGGAUGACGGUGGCUCUGCCAUUACCGGAUACUAUGUUGAGUACAAAGCAGUAUCCUCUGAGACAUGGGUUCGUCAUGAGAAGAAGGUCGUUUCAACCCAGUUUACCAUCCCUGGACUCACUGCUGAUGCUGAAUACCAGUUCCGUGUUAUUGCUCAAAAUGAUAUUGGAGACAGUGAACCAGGACCUGCAUCCGAACCAGUCACAUGCAAAGAUCCAUUUGACAAACCAAGCCAACCAGGCGAGAUUGACACAGUAACUGUCACAAAGGACGCAGUCGCCAUCAAGUGGGCGGCGCCAGAAUGCGAUGGUGGAAAGGAGGUCCUUGGUUACUGGGUUGAAUACAGGAAGUCUGCAGAGGCUACCUGGAAGAAAUGCAACAAGACACGCACCAAGGAGAAAAAGUUCACCAUAACUGGUCUGGCCGAAGCCACUGAGUAUGAGUUCAGAGUGAUGGCUGAGAAUGAGACCGGAAUCAGCAGACCACGCAGAACAGCCACAUGCAUCAAGACCAAACUGAGCGCUGGAACUCAACCAAGCCUGAGGAAAGAAAUGGAUGAAGUUACGACUAAAUUAUACCAACCAGGAAUUAUGAAAUGCCAGAUUAUUGGUAGACCUCUUCCCGAUAUCAAAUGGUAUAAAUCUGGCAAGGAGAUAAUCGAGUCUCGUAAAUAUGAGAUGAGCUCUGAUGGCCGUAACCAUUCACUGACCAUUAUGACAGACCAACAAGAGGAUGAAGGAGAAUACACAUGCAAGGCUAUCAAUGAUGCAGGUGAAGCAGAAACCAGUGGCAUUCUCGUUUUGGAAGCUGCUCCACAGUUCAAUCCUGACUUCCCAUUGAAGAAUACCUACUAUGCUGAAAGCGGCACUACUCUGCGUCUACAUGUUGCCUACAUUGGACGCCCUGAGCCUAAGAUCAUGUGGCUUUAUGGAGCUACAACUGUGGUAGCUUCUGAGAAUAUCAGCAUUGAAAACACAGAGCAUUACACUCACCUGGUGAUCAAGAAUGUGCAACGCAGGGUACAUGGAGGAAAAUACAGAGUCAGACUGCACAAUCACUUUGGCAGAGCUGAUACUCUCAUCAACGUUGAAAUCCAAGAUAAACCUGCAAUGCCUGAAGGUCCCAUUGUACUUGAUGCCCUGUUGAAGAACUCUGUGAUUAUUAGCUGGAAACCACCAAAGGAUGAUGGUGGAUCAAUGAUCACAAACUACAUCGUGGAGAAGCGUGAAGACAAGGAGGUUGAUGACUGGACACUCGUGUCCUCGUCCAUCACAGGCACAAACUGCCGCAUUGCCAACCUUGUAGUAAACGCUGGGUACUUCUUCCGUGUGUAUGCUCAAAAUCGUUAUGGCAACAGUGAGCCACUGGAGAUACCUACUCCCAUCCUUAUCAAGAGUUCAAUGGAUAAACCUUCACCACCACUGAUGCCAGUGGUUUCUGGUGUGACCAACAUUUCCUGUGUGUUGUCCUGGAAGCCUCCACUCAUUGAUGGUGGCUCCAAGAUCAAGAGCUACUGCCUUGAGAAGAAGGAGAAGAAGGGCGAAUGGACACCUGUCACUACUGAUGAAAUCAAAUCCACAGUCUUUUCUGUCAAACGCCUCACUGAAGGAUGUGAAUAUAUCUUCAGAGUGAACUGUGAGAACCUUGGAGGAGUAAGUGAUUGGAGUGUGGAAUCUGAACCAGUUGUUCCAAAGACGCCUGUUGAUGUCCGUGCUCCCGCCUUCAAAGAAGAACUGAGGAAUAUGAGUGUCAAAUAUAAGAGCAACGCCACCUUCGUUUGCAAGAUCACAGGACAACCCAAGCCUGUAAUUAAAUGGUUCAGACGUGGCAAGGAGAUCCAAUCUGACGGAAAGAAACUGAAGAUUCAAGAGUUCAAGGGAGGCUAUCACCAACUGGUUAUCUCCACUGCUGAUGAGGAAGACUCUACUGUCUACCAGAUCAGAGCAACCAACCAGGGAGGAUCCAUCUGCACCACUGUCUCUCUGGAUGUUGAAGUCCCUGCCAAGAUUAACCUGCCCAAGAAUCUGAAGGACAAAGAGGCUAUCCCUGCCCUCCGUGGAGAGAUUGUGAAUAUCAAGAUUCCAUUCAGUGGCAAACCCGAUCCUGUCAUCACCUGGCAGAAGGGACAAGACCUCAUUGAUAAUAACGGAUACUACCAAGUCAUCGUUACAAGGUCAUUCACAUCGCUCGUGUUCCCCAACGGAGUUGAUAGGAAGGAUGCCGGUUUCUACAUCGUUUGUGCCAAGAACAGAUUUGGCAUUGACCAACAGACAGUUGAACUGGAUGUUGCCGACGUGCCCGACCCACCACGUGGUAUCAAAGCAAGUGAUGUUUCUAGAGAUUCAGUCACUCUGAGUUGGCAAGUACCUGCUAAUGAUGGUGGAAGCAGAGUAGCCAGCUAUGUUGUGGAGAAGUGUCCCACAACAUCUGACAGAUGGGAACGUGUUGCCCAGUCUCGUGAUACUCGCUAUACCAUCAUCAACCUGUUCGGAGGAACCAGCUACCAGUUCAGAGUCAUAGCCGAGAACAAAUUCGGUCAAAGUCAACCAUGUGAACCAAGUGGUCCCGUUACAACAAAGGAGGACAAAUCAAGAGUACUUGGCUAUGACAGCGAGGUUAGUGACAGAGACGUGCCCAAGCAAAAGGCUCCACAUUCAUGUGCCAAGAAUGUGCAUACCAAGUACAUGAUUGCUGAGGAGCUGGGACGUGGCCAGUUUGGUAUCGUUCACCGUUGUGUUGAGACCAGCUCUAAGAGGACAUACAUGGCCAAAUACGUCAAGGUGAGGGGUGCAGAUCAAGCGUUCAUCAAGAAAGAAAUUGCUACAUUGAACCUGGCCAGACACAACAACUUCUUGUGUCUUCAUGAGUCCUUCGACAGCACUGAGGAAUUAGUCAUUAUCUAUGACUUCGUCUCAGGUCAAGACAUCUUUGAACGCCUCGGCACAGCCGAUUUUGAGCUGAAUGAGCGUGAAAUUGUCAACUACAUCAGACAAGUAUGUGAAGCUCUUGAGUUCUUACACGACAAGAAUUAUGGCCACUUUGACAUCAGGCCUGAGAAUAUUGUGUACACCACAAGAAAGGGCAGUAAAGUCAAGAUCAUUGAGCUAGGACAGGCAAGACACCUGACUCCUGGCGACCAGAUCAAGCUUCAGUAUACUACAGCUGAGUACGCUGCUCCUGAGAUCCACCAGAAUGACAUGGUCAGCAGUGUUACUGACAUGUGGCCAGUUGGUGUUCUAGUCUAUGUCCUUCUCAGUGGACUCAAUCCAUUUACUGCCGAGACUCAUCAGCAGAUGAUUGACAACAUCUCAAAUGCUGAGUACAGUUACGAUGACGAAACCUUUAAAGUACCUACUGUUGAAGCAUUAGACUUUAUCAACCGCCUUCUCACCAAGGAGCGCAAGCACCGUAUGACUGCUGCCCAAGCUUUAGAACAUCCUUGGCUGAAGAUGCAAGCAGAAGAACUCAGUGCCACAGCAAUAAUGACCACAAGGCAUAAGAGAUACUACCAGGCCAUGGCAAAGAAAGAAUGGGCCACUGUCGUUGCAGGAGCAAGAGUUGCUAGCGGCGGUGCAAUCAGAGCCCAGAGAGGUGUCACAGUUGCCAAAGUAAAGAUCGCACCAUUUGAACAUGGCCCAGUCGGUGGUCAAAUCAUUCAUACAGUGGUGGAUGUGGGAGCAGAUGUCAAAUUUGCUUGCAACAUUGAAAACUAUGACAGCGCCACAGAGGUAACAUGGUACUGCGGUGUGCGUCAACUAGAGGCAAGUGACAAGUAUGAAAUCGACUAUGAGGAUGGUCUAGCUGUUAUAUGUAUCAAGGGAGUCACUAAAGCAGAUGACGGCACCUAUAGAUGCAAGAUCAUCAACGAUUAUGGUGAGGACAGUGCCUACGGAGAGCUCUUUGUAAACGGAGUCAGAUCAUACCGCGAGUACUUCACAGCCCGUGUGGUGAGGAAAGUGAAACGUAGAGUGGACACAGCAAGACUGCUCCAGAAACCACCAGAGUUCACCCUGCCUUUGUUCAACCAUGCAGCUUACAUCGGAGAAGAUGUUCGCUUCGGUGUGACUAUCACUGUGCACCCUGAGCCUCGUGUUACAUGGUACAAAUCUGGCCAGAAGAUUGUUCCUGGUGAUGAUGAGAAAAAGUACACGUUCAUAACUGACAAGGGUCUUUAUCAAUUGGUGAUUCACUGUGUUGAUGCUGAUGACGAUGCGGAGUACUCAGUUGUGGCACGUAAUAGAUUUGGUGAUGAUAGCUGUAAGGCAAAACUGGCUGUGACACCUCGCCCAGCACCAGCAGAUAAUACCUUGAGGCCCAUGUUCAAACGUCUCCUGGCAAACGUGGAGUGUAGGGAAGGCCAGAAUGCACGCUUUGAAAUCAGAGUGUCUGGACUCCCAACUCUGAAGUGGGAGAAGGAUGGCAUGCCAUUGGCAUUUGGUCCACAAAUUGAAGUGGUCCAUGAGGGCCUGGAUUACUUUGUCCUGCAUGUGAAAGAUACUCUACUUAACGAUUCUGGCUGUUACAGAGUUACUGCAACCAACUCAGCUGGAUCUGCCAGUUGUCAAGCCAUUCUCAAGGUGGACCGCAUCACCCAUGUGAAGAAGGUUUACGAGAGUGAAAGAGACAAAAAGAAACAAGCAGAGAAAGAACAAAUUGAGAAGAAGGUCAGAUUAUCUCAAAUCAUGUCUGGAACUGAUGUCAUGCCACUUCCUGCUUUGGCACAACAAGCUUUGAGAGAAGCGACAUUGUUGUGCCAACCAGUAGAGGCAACCAAAAAGGACAAGACUGAAGCCGAAGAUAAGAAACGGGCAGAAGAAAGGAAAAAGAGAGCAGAGGAGAAGAGACUGCGUAUGCCUUAUGAUGUUCCCCAACCUCGUGAACGUGGCCCAACUGCUCUUUUGGAAGAUAUGGAAAUCAAACACUACAAACCUUGCUCUGACAUGAAAUGGUACAAGAAACUCCGGGAUCAAUAUGAGUUCCCUGAACCAAUGGACAAGAUUUCACAGAAGAGACUGAAACGCAUCCGUCUCUCCAGGUGGGAUCAGUUCUACGAAGUCCCUUUGCCAAGAAUCAAGGAAUCUUACAAGCCAAAGUGGCGUCUUCCACAAGUUUCACAGGAUGAUUUGGAGACUGUCAGACCUUCAAGGCAGCGCACUCCAUCUCCUGAAAUAGAAGCAUAUCACAGAAUCAGAAGAAGGUCUCUUGGUGAUCUCUCAGACGAGGAGCUUCUCCUGCCAAUUAAUGAAUAUCUGGCAAUGAAGAGAACUGAGGAGGAGAGACUUCAACUUGAGGAAGAACUAGAACUUGGCUACUCUGCGUCCCCACCAAGCCUUAGCCCUGUGCGCUUUGAAUUAGGUGCACUGCGCCACACAUCACCAAGACGCACAGUCUAUGAAGGUGUGGAAGAGGGUGAAGAGGUUCCAUUAUAUGAAAACUAUCGUAUUCCUUCUAAGUAUGAGGCUGGUCCAAGCUAUGUUGACCUUCGCCUGCGCCAUGACAAGGCUACAUUCCGACCGCCAAGACAAAACCAGAGAGUGUUUGAGGAGAGGGAGGAUCGAGAGAUGCUGAGAAAUGUGAGAACGACUCAAAGAAUAAGCGGUUACAAGAGUGAACUGAAACACAUGGAGUUUGAAGAAAAAACUAGAACCGUGAAGAAAGACAGAACUACAACUUCCCAUGUGUCAACAUAUAUAGCAACUAAAACUGAGGGGAGAAGGUCACCCACCCCCGAAAGAACCCGUCCACGUUCCCCUAGUCCUCUUGCUACUGUCAGAUCAGCCUCCAGAUCCAAGGUGGAGACUGUACAGUUGGCAAAAGUUGACCACCUGGCAAGAUAUGAGUCAAGAAAAGCCGUUCUGAGAUCCGAGAGGACAUCAGUAGAAAGGAAGGAGGUUGUAAGUAUGCAGCCCUUCAGCCUCGACCAUACCCCACGAAUCACUGUGAGGAUGCGUUCCCAUCGUGUGCCAUACGGUCAGCACACCAAAUUUACACUGAACGUCCAAUCAAAGCCAACCGCUGAGGUGAAGUGGUACCAUAAUGGACAACUGAUAACCGAGAGCAGAAGGUACCGUAUGUCCAACCUGAGCGGAGUUCUGUAUCUUCAAAUUCUUGACUGCACCACAGAGGACAGUGGCACUUACCGUGUUGUCUGUACUAAUGCAGUGGGAGAAUGCUCAGACUAUGCCACUCUGGAUGUCGCAGGCAUGGGAGAGUAUUCUAGCUAUAUGGCACCUCGCGAAGACGAGGAACCCCCAGCUCUUCCUGUGGCAACCAAGAUAGGUGCUUACCAAAUAUCCUCCUCCAAGACAGUGAAGACUGUUGAAACACACGAAACCCACAUGGAGGAGUCCAGCACCUUUAAAGGAAAGAAGACUACUCUACCCGCAUCUAUCCUAACAAAACCACAGUCCCUCACCUUAAAUGAGGGAGAGACUGCCAGAUUUGCAUGUGAUGUUGACGGUGAACCAGUGGCAACUGUAACCUGGAUGCGUGAGGGGCAAAUUAUCGGAUCAUCUGUUCGCCACCAUGUCACUACAGAACAGUACAAGUCUACUUUUGAAAUCACCUCUGUUGAAAUGUCAGACGAAGGCAGCUACUCAAUCAUGGUGGAAAACUCUGAGGGCAGCCAAGAGGCGCACUUCAGUCUAACCAUCCGCCGAUCGGAAGCCAAAGAGGAGGCCUCUUCUACAGUGACAUACUCAUACGAAGAGCCUCCAAUGCAUUCCCCUAGUCCAGUCACGUCUCCACCAAGGAUGAAGUCUCCUGAAUCAAUCAGCUCUCCAAAGAGAGUUAAGUCCCCUACCAGCCCUACACCUAAAUCACCCACUGAGAAAGUCACCCUCAAAACCAAGCCCUCCAUCUCAUCUGGUCUUCAGGACAUGACUGCAUCUGCAGAUUCCAUCGUCAAGCUGACAGUGAAAAUGACUAGAGAUCCUAAAGCAGAGAUCUCAUGGAUGAAGGAUGGAAAGACUCUCAUUCACGGUGGAAAAUAUGAAAUUCAUGAAGAGCAUGAUUCGGCACACCUUGAAAUCUAUGAAUCUGUGGCCUCUGACAGUGGAGUUUACAAAUGCACAGUCACCAAUAGUGCUGGGUCAUCAUCCACAAGCUGCAUUGUCUCUAUUCAAGCCUCAAACAAAUCCAAAGCACUUGCAACAAAAACAGAAAUUUCAGAGCAAGUUAUGAAAAAGGAAAUUGUCUACGGGGAGGUUGAGUCUUACACAGAAAUCAAGGCAUCCCAUACUCAGAUGGCCAUGACUGAAGGCCAGUCUCUCACCCUGAGAGCCAACAUCCCCAGAGCUUCAGAUAUCAGAUGGAUCCUGAACGGAAUGGAACUGGCCAACUCAGAGGACUACAGAUAUGGUGUGUCUGGAAACAACCAUACUAUGACCAUCAAAAAGGUCAGCCAAUACGAGCAGGGGGUCAUCACGUGUGAAGCCAAAACCGAACAUGGCCUUGUCAAGUGCCAGUUCAACACUACUGUCACUGAAGCGCGAUCAGAUGCACCAUCAUUCCUUGUGCAGCCACGCUCUCAGAAUGUCAAUGAAGGACAGAACGUCAAGUUCACAUGUGAGAUUGCAGGAGAGCCUGCCCCUGAAAUCGAGUGGUUUAAGGACAACAUAAUGGUAUCUAUGACCUCAAACACGAAACUGAGCCGUUCCAAAAAUGUAUACACUCUGGAGAUUAUUGAGGCCACAGUUGCAGACAGCGGCAAAUACACCAUCAAAGCCAAAAACAAAUAUGGACAGUGCUCUGCAACAUCAUCUCUCAACGUUAUUACUCCCAAAAUCGAAUUUCUCCCAGAGGAUAUCAGCAUUGAGCCAGGAAGGCCUUUGAGCGUGUCCUGUGCUUUCUCUGGAGACCCAACACCUGAGAUUGAGUGGACCCGCACAGGGAAACAGUGUGAUGAAGACAGUGACCGGUUCCACAUCGAGACCACGGAGGACCUCACCACCCUUGUAAUCCCCUGUGUGAAGGAAGACGAUGCCGGAGCGUACACCCUCAAACUGUCCAACAAGCUUGGAUCUGCCAUGGCAACUGUCAACAUUCAUAUUCGAUCCAUGUAAAAAAAAAACACGUAAACAUAUAAUUUCUAUCCCCCAUUUUCCCUCCUCCAGUACCUUUUUAUUUAUUGAAUUAGCAAAAAUAAUCUUUACUUGAUAAAGACCUGGAUUUCUGUUCUUGUAAAUAUGAACUAUUUUUAUACCAAACUUGACAUAAAUUUAUGCCAAACUAGACUAAAGUCUAAAGUUGUUAUAAAAUGUGCCAUAUUGGAUAAUUAUGACUAGGAUUUUUGAACCACUUUUCUGUGACAUGUACAUAAUGUAUAUAGCCGAACUUAACGGUUAUGGAAAAUGUAUGAAUUGUUAUUUAUGACAAUAUUAACUGAAACAAAAGGAACGAAAUGUUUAACAGGAGAAAGUUUCACAUGAAACGAAUACCCUGAAAAACCUGAAACUAAACUCCGUGCCUCAACAAAAAGUUGAAGUCUUAAGAUUUCCUCAACAGGUAGAGAGGUUCCCUGUUGAAGUUUAUACUAAAUCAGAGAAAGGCAAUGUUAUGCACCGUGCAUCUGUGCGUGCAAUAUUACAAAUACUCAUAUGAAUUGUAACAUGAUCAUAAGACCCUGAGUGCUGUUUGCAUAAACCCUCAUGUAAGUAGCACAACUAGGUCUUGUGUUCAGACUGACUAUGUCAUACCACCAUUUUAAUGACAUGCUAAAAGUGCGAGCGGCCUGCACUUUGAGCUCUAUUUUUAUGUGCUCUGUUUCUGGCAUUGGACAGUUGAAUUGGCUUUUUAAAACAUAACAUCACCUGGCCAUUAAAAAACAAAAGUCAAUUCAAGUACUUCGUUGCAGAAACAGUGCCACCUCUUGGAGGAUUGUUAGGUAAUAUUUUGUGUGUGUGAGUGUGUUUUAGUUUUAGAAUUUCACCUUGCCAGUAGUCAGGGUAACCAUCAAGUGAAUGUACCAUGGUGAUACCAUCUACCGUGAAACAAAGAAAGCAAAAAGCAUGAAUAAUAAUGCCCUGCACUUUGAUUUAACUGAGUCUAUUGAUGUAGAAUUACUACUAUAUUCAUCCUCUUUGAGUUUUAUUUUACUGAUUUAAUAAAGCAUGAUUUCAGCACUA